UUACAGCUGCAGGACCCCGCCUGAGCUCACCUCCUCCUCCUGCUGCAGCCAGCCUCCAUGGUCACCCCAUGAAUGCAGCCACAGCUGGAUCAGCCAUGUCCUGGCCUUGAAACAUUCUAUCAGAACCCCCAGGAUUGGCUGCAACAAACUUCAUCCCUGCUGGCUGUGAGUGUGUGCCUGCCGGCUCUCCAUGGGUUAAUUGAUGAGCAGUGCUUUGGAUAUACCGAGCUGCACCCCCCCCCUGUAAACAGCUGGCAUUGAUCCCCCCCACCAACAGAUUGGGCUGCCUUCUGUUAGUGCUGCAUCAUUAGGUGUGGGAGCCUUAAUGAGGAUAAUUGCACACACAUUGAGGGUCAGCAUGCCUUGUGCCUAGUGUGGAUCAGUGUCUGAAGUUUGCUGUGUUUAUUCCCUGCAGCAGGCAGAUUGGGAUGCAUGGUUCUGUAUGGGGUGCUGCUGCUAGGUCAGGUCUGCAUUGCUGGUUGUAGUGGGUGUGGAUUUAUAUAGAGGGACCUGCAUUAGCUUGUGUUUCCUUAGGAGGUCUGCCUGCAUUAGGCUUAGCUAGUAAUGUGCAUGUAAUUACAGGUUAGAUGCAUCUAGUUAUCUGUGGCUUUGUGUUACAGUGUCGAGACUUUCUGUAGAUUCAUACAGCCUUCUUAGAAAUUGUUUUAAAAUCUGUGUUGCUGUUUUUUAUUGUUUGUAUGCUAAAAAGUAUAGAAAAGGUUACCCAUCUAUCCUUCCCUCUAUUGCAAAGGUUACCCAGCUUCACCUACCCAUCCUACAAAGGUUAUUCCACCUACCCGUUGUACCUGCCCCUGUCAGGUUAGAUGUGAAUUCUGCUUCUAGUCUUUAAAGUGCUGAACCCACAUCCUGAUGUAUUUAAGGCCGGAGCCUGAUUUGGGCUGGCUUCCCACCCAUGUCCAGGUGACCAUACUACAGGCCAGGGGUCUGAGGGCCAAGGGCAAGCAUGGUACGAGUGAUGCCUACACUCUGAUACAGAUAACCAAAGAAAAAUAUAGCACCUCGGUGGUGGAGAAGAGCACUGGCUCUCCAGAAUGGAAAGAGGAAUGUACUUUCGAAUUGGCCCCUGGGGCCCUGGAACGAGGGGAGAGCUGCGAGCUUCAGUUGACCGUCAUGCACCGUGCUCUCAUUGGAAUGGACCAGUUUCUGGGCCAAGUCUGCAUCCCCCUGCAGGAGGUCUACAAGCAGGGGCGCUCCCUGCGGAACCAGUAAGUAAACUAAUGAAACAUUUCCUUAGCAGGGGCACAAGUCUUUACUGUACGCAGUACCUUGGAGGACAACGCUUGCGGCCAUGAGUUACUGGGCCAUGUCUCCUGUCAAACUUGCGUAACUUUUAAAGGAAAACCUAGUAUUGCCUCGGCCGGUUAUUUAUUAACGUGAGUAUGGUCAGUAUUUUAGAAUGAACUAAAAGAGAAUUUCAAAUUUGAGGCCAAUAUAGUAGAACUGGAAAAAUUCUCCAAGUCCGUUAUGUUUCCAUUUAGACAUGUUUUUAAAUAACAUUUGAAAUUAACUUUGAAUUCCAGCAAAUUCUCACUAGUGAAUAACCCUGUGUGCUUAUUAUCUACUAAGGCAUACCUAUGAGUAAAUACUGCAUUGUAGUGUGUUUCUUUGCUUACCCUUGCCCCAUGUGAACAGCCAUCUUGAAGAGUCAUGUCACCAAAAGUGAACUUUUAUAUAAUCUACUGCCAAAUAAAGCUCUUUUUUUAAUUUUAUUUUUUUUCCCUGAGCACUCUAAUUUUCAUAAAUUCCAUAAGGAAAAAUGGGAACCACUUUUCCAUAUGAAUGCUGAGAAAAUGACAACAGGCAGAGUUUAAAGCAAGUUGUCUCUUUAGUGUACCCACCAUAAAUAAGUAAAAUCUGUCAGACUAAAGGGCCAACCGUGGACAUUAUUGGCAGAGGAGAAGAAAAUGUCUGGGCCCAGAUACUAAGAUUCAGCACAAGGAAGAAAAUGAAAUAUUAGAGGAAUGCAACUGUCAUAGGAGGUAGUCAAAGUUUUAAAAUACAGAUGGUGUAGGAGAAGAGAAAAUUAUGACACAGCCACUUUAAAAGUAUACUAUAGACAUCAAAACUAUUUUAGCUUAACCCCUUAAGGACCAAACUUCUGGAAUAAAAGGGAAUCAUGACGUGUCACACAUGUCGUGUCCUUAAGGGGUUAAAGGGAUACCAUAAUCACCAGAACUACAGCUUAUUGCUGUGGUUCUGGUAUCUAUAGCAUGUCCCUGCAGGCUUUUUAAAGGGACGCUAUAGUCACCAGAACAUGAAAAUGUAAUCAUUCCCUUCAGGCUUUUUGCAGAAAACACGGUCUUUUCAGAGAAAAUGCAAUGUUUACAUUACAGCCUAGAGUUACCUCAACUGGCCACUCUUCAGACGGCUACUAGUGGUGCUUCCUGGGGGCAGUACUGCCAUUCAGUGUCUCCACCUUCUGCAUGGAGACACUGAAUUUUCCUCAAAGAGAUGCACGGAUUUAAUGUAUUUCUACGAAAAGAUGCUGAUUGGCCAGGGUUGUGUUUGGCAUGUUCUGGCUUUGUCCCUGAUCUGACUCCUUGACAAGCUCAGCAAAUCCAAUGUGAAAGCAUUGUGAUUGGCUCUGAACACAAUUUUUGAUGAUGUCAGCCAAGCACGCAGAUCAGGGGCAGAGGCAGCAGCUACCUAUGGGAAAGCAUUGGAUUGGCUGAAAUCAUCAAAUUUGCAGAUAACAAGCCAAGGAGGGGCCAGCAACAAUGAAAUCUGCGCAGCACUGGAAAAAAGGUAAGUGCAACACUGGCAUUCAGCGUCACCACGGUCUGCAUGUUUCAAUGCAUCUCUGAGGAGAUGUUGAUUGUUGCUGCGCUUUGCUGUGCAUGCUCAGUAGCCUACAACUGCUUUUCUAAGGGGAUGCAUUGGAAUGGCCAAGAUCAUAAAGUUUGACGCCAGCCCUGCGACACCGGUGGGGCAUUGGAGCAAAUUCACCUUUUCAGGGUGAUGGGAGAGGGGCCCGGUCACCUAAACAGCCACCUUAGCCUUCUAGUUUGAGAAAUAACUGACAUUACAGUGCUCCUUUAAGGUAAUACCCCUGCAGUUUUAAUGCUCAAUUCUCUGCCAGUUAAAUUACUUUGUAUGCCAGCCUAGUCACACCUCCCUGCGUGUGACUUGCACAGCCCUCAUAAACACUUCCGGUAAAGAGAGAUCUAAUGUUUAAACUUCCUUUAUUGUACAGUCUAACACAUUUAGAAUUUCUUCUCCUGCUCCAUUAAUAGCCUACUAGAUCUUACAGCAUCCUCGUGUGUGUGUGAUUAAAGUUCAAUUUACACAGCAAGCAAUAAAGACUUCUAAAGUAAGGUCUGAUUGAAUUAAAUCUUUAUUUACACACAGGCUGUGUCAGUCAGUCAGGGGGAGGUGUGACUAGGGCUGCAUAAACAUAGUAAUUUAAUUCCUAAAUGGCAGAGAAUUGAGCAGUUAGACUGCAGGUGCAUGAUCUAUAUAUCAAAACUGCUUUAUUAAGCUAAAGUUGUUUUGAUGCCUAUAAUAGCCUUUUUGGUCAGAAGAACUAAUUGUCAAAAAUAAUCCAUAAAUCUAAUAAAAAGUUGGUACCUAAUUUCAAAUCCUUUUUACCAUACGUUUUUCUCAAAAGACUUUUUCAAAUCGCUCAUGGUUACGAUGGAAAGGCACUUUCGAUCAAAGACCAGUUAAAGGGAACCCUUCAUGCCAGUUAGCACUCUUGCUCUUUUCAAAGCUUACAAAACUAUGUCUAAAUUUCUAGCAGUUUUGCAAGCAAAUGAAUAGCGUGGAAGAAAAAUCUGACCUAAAAAUAAGCCUUUUACCCACCUGUCAGUCAAUUCUUUGGCAUAGAUUAUUUGCCAAAGAAUCGAUUGACAAGAAAAAGCAGUGGUUGCCAUGAUAACUCCCUAGCCAGCAUGUCCAUGUAGCACAGGAGAUCCGGUUUGGGCAAGUGUCCUCAAGCAAAACAUAGAAGAGACGAGGAGGGUGGAUGUUACAAGAAGAGUAAAACUCACAAAGCUCAGAAAAUGGCAGUAUUUGUACAUAGAAAAUGUUGUAUAUCCUAGCGAUACAUGAUGUAUUUAAGUUUGAUUUAGGCAAAGUUCCAUAAUGGAUGACAAGAUGGCUGCCUAUAGAACAAUGCCAAGCCAGGAUAUGCACCGAAUACAAGGUGUUGACUCGUAUGCUUUACAAUAUUACACAAACUAAAAAAUUAAGUCUUUUAAUUAAAGUCCACAGUUCCCGUAUUCCUCUUGCAAUCUGUAGACCUGUUCUAUUAUACCAUGUGAUGACAUCUGUAUUAAUUUACCAUUGUGUUUGGUAACCAUGAUGAAUGAAUAAGAUUAACCAUGUUUAUAUAACUGGUGUGUGAAAUCCUUAAACGACAAUGUUUACCUGAUCAGCAAAAUGUAUUAAUGCAGACAUAAGGAUAGUGAGAUUCUCUAGCCAUUGUUAAAGGGUUACUCCAGGCAGCUUGACCAUUUUUAAAAAAAACAUUCUUUAUUUUUGUACUGUUAGGAAUGCAUGGGGUGCGACAGUAUAGGCUUCUGCAAAAAUCCUUUCACAAUACAUGUCUUAUGUAGGGAUCGACCGAUACUGAUUUUCUUUUUAGAGCAGAGACCGAUAUUCUGUGAACUUGCAGGCCGAUAGCCGAUAUAAUUUGCCGAUAUUCUGUACAUUUUCCAUUUUGGAAAUAAAAACUAUUUCUAAAGGUAAAUGCACAAAAUAUACAUGCCACAUGUAGUGGAUGCAGUGUGUUUAGACAGGGGAGCUGUGUGUGUUUGUGUAGUGGGUGUAGUGUGUGUUUGUGUAGUGGAUGCAGUGUGUAUUUGUCUGGUGUGUGUAGUGGAUACAGUGUGUAUUAGUGUAGUGUGUGUAUAUAAUGAAAACAGAGUGUUUGUGUAGUGUGUGGGUAGUGUGCGUAAAGUGAAUGCUGUAUACACUAAAUGCAAAGUGUUUGUGUGUGUAUAUAAUGCAGUGUUUGUGUAGUGUGCAUUAUAUAAACACACUACACAAACACACUGCAUUUUAUAAACACACUACACACACUGCAUUAUAUACACACUACACAAACACACUCCAUUAUAUACAGUGUGUUUGUAUAGUGUGUGUAUAUAAUGCAGUGUGUGUGUGUGUGUAUAUAAUGCAGUGUGUGUGUGUAUAUAAUGCAGUGUGUGUGUGUGUGUGUGUGUGUGUAGUAUUUGUGUAUAUAAUGCAGUGUGUGUGUGUGUGUGUGUAUAUAAUGCAGUGUGUGGGGGGUGGCAGCAAGCGUUUACUUAUCUCCCUCCAGCUCCCCAGUGUAAGUAUCGCGCCCAGCGUGCCGCGUGGAGUGUUGCCAUGGUAACCCAUGGCAACGCUCUGAUGGCCGCGGGUCUCACAAGACUUACACUGGGGAGCUGGAGGAGCUGCUGGGAGGUAAGUAAACGCUUGCUGCCAGACCGCCGGUUUGUUAAGAGCCUGGCAGUCCUGGGAGGUAUUAUCGGCAAUAUCGGUAUCUCUAUUGGCCGAUACCGAUAUUGCCGAAUAUCGGCCGGUUAUAUCGGUCGAUCCCUAGGCUUAUGAUGUACAGAAAGGAAUACUAUGUUAGUUACUACUUGUAGCCAUACAUAUAUUGGUAUCAGAUAAGCAUUACCAGAAGGUGCAGGUAGCUUUCCUCAUCAAGGCCUUCGUUUGACAUUCCAACAGCGUUUCACCCUUGGGUCCCAUCAAACGUAUGGGUUGCCAAGUGGAUUACCAUAUUAAAAAUUAAACAUAACAAAUUGGAACCUUGUAGCAGCUUGACCAUUUUAUUAAUUGGAAAUGGUUGUUGUAUUUGGAGUCUGGAUGUGUAGCUUUUCAGUAAGAAAUUAGAUUUUUGUGCUUGAGUUGUAAUUUCAACACCAGCAGCCCAGAACUAGAGUUCUGGGGCAGGCGACUGUGACUGCAAGAAGGGUUACUUAAUCUAAAAACAGUGUUUUUUUAUUUUUUAUUAAAACACUGAUUUUGGUUUAAAAUGAAGGCAUAGUCACGAAAAUAUUUGUAGGAGUUUUUUUUAUUUAUUUUUUGGCCCAUCUAUCACUGGGGGCACUGUCCAUCCCUCUUCGCUGCCAGAAAUUAAAAUUCAGUAAUGAUUACUUGCCUCAUUUGCAGUGCUGAAACUUCUCCACUGCAACCGCCUGCUCCGCCAUUCUUAACGUCAGCAUGCCUGCUGAUGUCUUCCACCAUCUUCUCCAUUCCAAUGCUCUCAUAAAUACACAUGCACGGCCAACCACCGUGCUACUGUGAACAAAUGCUAUGAGCAGCAUUUAAUUUGCGAUUUCCCCUCCCCCACUGCCAUUCACUCGAUUUGGAUGAGGAUACAUGAGGUGUAUUAAACCCUGCAAUGCACACCACUGCGACCAGACCACGUAAUUGAGAUUAAAUUGUUUGGGUGACUUCAGUGGUUCUUGAAGUCACUUUGGUACCCAGUGCUAUAAAUAUGGAAAAGCAGAGAGGCUAAUCCAGACGUGGACCCCUUGCUCACGGUGCCUAGAGAGAUAUCAGCUAUGCCUCACUGAUGAUGCCUAACAAGGCUGAAACGAUCGUCUGGGGUUGCUGUAUCUCUCGUGCAGAGAGAACUUGCUGGCAUUUCUGAUCUGGACUGCCCGUAUGGGUGGGACCAGUCUGAUAUGUUUCAGAUAUGUUCUCUUUGUAAUGGCACAAGAUGAGCUAAAACCAGCUUGAGUUCUGAGCGGGGACCCACCGAAUGGCAGGCUAUUUGAGCUGCUGUCCGUUCUCAGAAUACUCUUGCGACCCAUUUUUUGCUCAGCAGAGAGGCUUUGUUUGCUCUGUGUGGGCAAGUAAAAAUUGUGAAACCUGUACAAUCACGUGGCUAAUUGUUUAAAAUUGGGUUACUUAUGACUACAUUCAUAAGUAAAAAGAUUUUUGAUUGCUCCACAUAGCAAACAAACACUGCCCUAGAAUUGCUCUACAUACAGAUCUCCCAUAAUUGAUUCAGGUCCAGGAAGCUACACGGUAUGUUGGUGUCUUUUAUCCCAGUCUCCAACAGUAACUCAUACUUACUCUAACCAAGGCAUUGAUAUUCACACCUGGCCCAUAGGUGAUCAUUAUCAUUGCUAAUAAUAGAUCAGUGAGUAUAUGUUAUUCAAUGACUAUCAAGCUAGGUAUGUCUUGUCCAAAGUGGAUUAUUAAAGAUAUUUUCCUAGAGUGAAUAGCAAUGACAGCCGAGCGCUAUCUGUAUUGUGAUCAUUCACGGUAGGGUAGUAACAAGGGUAUACAGCUGUGGUUCCCAAACACAGGUUUCUGACCAUAUAUAAGUGUGUGUUUAAAUUAUUUAUUUACUUUUAAUCACCUUUUUAGUUCCGGUCUCAUUUUCAUGUGAAGCUCUGUUUUGUUUUACAUUUAUAAUAAACGAUGAACAUGUGAGUUUAGUCCAGGCACAGCCAUAGCUGUUUUUGCCUCAGUUCUUCAAUGGCCGAAAACCGUAAUAUUUCUGAUGAUGGACAGGGACCAAAGAUAGAGGUUCCCAGUGGCAUGAUAGAAGUAAAAACAGUGGUGCAGAUUUCGACUUUUUUUAUUUUUUGCCAACUAUAUGGGAUAGAAAAGACAAAUUAGCUAGAUAUAGGAAACCACUCCUAAAGGGGGGGGUAACCCUAAUGAUUGUAAUAAACAACAAUGAAAAAGGGAGAAUGGAGUGUGUUGGAAAUGAGAUAUAGGGAAGUGAAUACAUUAAAACUUCACUUUUAUUUGAAAAUAUAUCCUAAAAUACACUAAACAUUAUUGAGAAAAAAAUAUAAAUAGUAGAGAGAAGGGAGGUUUGUCUCCUAAACCCAAUAUCUAGGGAGCGGUAGUAAUCAGUAGAGAAAUAUCUUGUCUAAUGAACAUAAUCACCACAUAACAUAGAUAUGGAGAUAUAAUCUCUCUAAACUGCCACCACUGUAAUAUCAGCCCUAUCUGUGCAUUCGAGGGCACCUAGAAACAAGUCCCAGGACCAACUCUGUCUGAGAAGCUCCCUUCCGCCUAAAAUUUUAAAAUUCUAGCUGAAAAAAGAACAAAGAAAGAUAAUCCAAUCGAAAAAGAGUCUGAUGGCACUGUCAGAUAUAAGUGACUGACUGAUCUUGUUGUUAGAUGGGUAUCUUAGAGCCCCUGAUCCGUGUGCUUCGCCAACAGGCUCAUCAGAGGGAAGAUGAGCCUGUUGACAAAACGUGCGCGUCGGGGGCUCUAAGAUACCCAUCUAACAACGAGUAGUGUUAUGUAGUGAUUAUUUUCUAGGUAUUAUAUCGCUCCCUAGAUAUUCGGUUUAGGAGACAAAUUUAGCCUCUCUCUACUUUUUUAUAUCUUUUUCUCACUCUUAUUUUAAGAGUGUAUUUUUGAAUAAAAGUGAAGUUUUAAUAUAUUCACUAUACUUUCACUUCCCUAUAUCUCAUUUCCAACACACUCCAUUCUCCCUUUUUUUUUUUCUAACCCGCAUUGUAAGGACAUUUCUAUGGCUUGAGGCACCCGGUGUGUUAUAUCAUGCCCGUCAAAAACCUCUGGUAUAAAUUACUAUGUACUGCCCAACUAGUCGGCACCCUAAUAUUCAAGGAGACCUGGAUUAACAUGAGACUAGGAACAUUUACGCACCAUAUGAUGGCCUUUACGCCAGUGUUAGGGAGACGUCUCAGUUUUAGUGUACUUUUGGAAAAUGUUUAUUUUUUUGUUAUUAAAUACUGGUAAUAAUAAUAAUUGUCAAAGGUCUUUUGACCUCUUUUGCUCAAUCAGUUUUGAGCAAUCACCAUGGAAAUCUGUGUAAGGUUCUUGCCAACUGCUCAUAAUUUAGCACCUUAUCCUCGUAUUGUCUGGAACUGCCCUAUGUUUGAGUAAGAUGGUGUCCAUGAAGUGUUUCAUGGUUUGGUUUAAUAAUGGUUUGGCUUUAUAUCUACAAAAAAAGCCCAAUGUAAAGCAGGAGGGAGGCUGCUGAGGGGGCAGGAAGGAAAACAUAAUAUUAAUGAUUGUUUGUUUAUUACUUUUACUUUUCAAAUGUGGAGUGACAUGCCCAUGGGUUGCCAGUAAUUUUCUUUGUAGUAAUUGUAUAACUGUUCUGAUUUGUUCAUGUUUAGGAUGCACAUUAUAUUUAUUUUUUUUAUUUUUUUUCAAUAAGUGUUUUGACCUCUGAAAUGCAGUAUCUCCCCGCUCCAAGGCCGAUUUAAACACUCCCGCAUGUGGUGUAACCAGACACAGAUUACUCAGCACAUCUGCUAGGAAUAGAACCAUUAUGCAAUUGGGUUAAUAGGAAUUUGGUCUGCAGGACAUUUAAAAACAUAAAAAAUCUUGACAAUAACUGCACGUAAGCAGCUUAUUUAUUUUGGUGGGUGGCAAAACAUCAGACUGUAGGUUGCCAUAUUUCCUUGCAUAGUUUGUGUGGCAGAUAAUGUAUAGUUCUCAAUCGGUUUCUUGCUUUGUAAUGAGCGCUGUAGUGAAUCCAUUCUGGGAAAAAUGUUAAAAAUGUAGCAGUCACCACAGAAGCUAUCAAAAUGAAUGUUCCUGUUGAUUGCUCCAUUUUAGCACAUUUUUAGAGAAUUUCUUCACUUGUGUAUUAAAACAUAUAUUCCUUUGUGACCAUGAAAUCUAAGACCAAAUGGUUAAAACACUUCCACAUUCAUACUAAACCUGUCUCAAAUGUGAAUUUAUUGACAUCACAGCAGACAGGUUUCCCAGAAUCCUUUACUUCUCUCCCUGUUUGUCAUUCAGAAUCUCAGCAAACUAAAUAGAACUCAGGGGCUGAUUACUGUCUGCGUCCUCUCUCAACCCUGGCCAGCAGGGAGUUUCUAUCCGCUACAGAGUAAGGAAAGACAUUUUUAAAAGCUAAAGCAAACAAAACCAUUUUAGUAGAUGCCAUCACUGUUAAUUCUCUAGGCUUUUUUUAUUUUUAUUUUUUUCAGCUAUCUGAUCUGCACAGCCAGCAGGCAAUGGGAGGAAACUGGGCAGAUCAAUGGCAGUACAUUCUAUUUUAGUCUGCUUUUAGUGGAGUGGGGCACGCCGUACAUAGCUGGUAUGCAUUGCUUGAUGCAGCUUGUUCACAAGGCUUUCAACUUUCUAACGGCUUUAUUCCUUUGUCUCAAAACUUCUGGUGAAGUACCUGGGGUCUAUUAAUUAAAGAGACAGCAUACUUUUAUUUUUCUACUUUUAUGGAAGUAGUCAAUCUUUCUAUUUUUAAACCUACUUUAAACAAAAUGAACAUUUAAAAAAAAGUAAGGGGUUAUUUGUCUUCAUUCGUUUAAAAAUGACAUUUCUGGUAUUGAACAUAUUUGGCUUCAGGGGAUGACCUAUUAUCUGUGUAAAACGGUAAUCUGUGAGGAUGUUUGACCUACAUGUCAAAAAUUGCUUUAAUUCUUUAGCUGCUAGUCAGUCUUUAUGAUUUUAUUAAUUGUUAUUCAGAGUUCUUCUGAAAGUUUACUGAAUAUUGAUAUUUUCAUUUUUUUUUUUUGCACUCUAAUAACUGAUCAGACGUUUAGUGGCUUACCUGCUGGCCAUUUUGUUACCCUCACGCAUGAAUUGACAGCUGCUAAUGUCUCAUUUUGUCUGAAAGCACAUUAUUCUGACUUGUACCUGCACAGGACAGCUGUGUCUCUGGUUCUUGCACUACUCUGUAUUAUCAGCCGUUACCAAAGCCAUCUCCUAAUCCACUUUACAUGAGAACUACUGGGAAUGUCCUAUUCUCACGUGUGUGCCAGUUGAAAAGUCAUAAAAAUUUGAAAAACAUAACCUAAAGUUACCCAGUUUCAAAGUGUUUACCUUGGUGCAUAUGCACACAAUGGAGUGUGAGAGAGUUUUAUUCCCACCACAACAUUGGUGAGGAUAUCAUUUAGGAUGAUUUGGAACUCUUCUGUAAACCGCAGCUAUCCUUCUGAUGCUAUCAUUGUACACAGCCCAUUUUACUGUGAUGUUUGUAUUAAGGUCUUAGCAGAGUCGUGCAGGCUAACAUUCAUGGAAUGGCUUUUUCUCUUGUGAGCAGAGAGCUUAGCCCAAGUUGUGCGAGCAUGCGGACUUUAUGUCAAUUUGACAGCCAUUUUCUGGCUAGUUUGAAAGUAUUUGAAAAGUAUCUUCAAAUUGUCAACAGUUUAAUACUUAAAUGCUGGACAGACUAAGCCCAUGCUCUAUAAUGUCUUCAGUGUAACCCUUUUAAAUGUUUUAUUUAUAGUCGUGGAAUGUUAGGGAUGCUCAGGUCACACCCCUUUCCGGUAAAUAAAGCGUUAACUUGCCUACAAUACAGCGGGGAGAUGGGCCCUUGCUCCACUCGUCCCGCCAGUCCAAUGUGUGUCCUAGUGAAGCAAUGUGACAAAAUGAUCCCCUUGGCCCCUGCAAGUCUCAUAGUAAACAUAGUAUUGGUCUUUUAGUCUAAGAAUGACCCUUCAACCAGUCUUUGGCUUCUAUUGAAAACAGAGUGAGCCUCUAUAUUAAAGGAAAUGUUCUCCAUAUUUCUGCCUCGGGCAUGUCUUACUGCAGGUUGCCAGCAAGAAUGUGCAGCCCAAAGCUUAAAACAGAUCCUUAGAUGGCAUAUUUGAAAAAAUAUUUUUUCCAAAUUUUGUUUAUAUUUUUUAUGCAAAGUUAACCACCCUCCCACCACUUGUUUCUGUAUCUUAAAGUGGAACGGUCAUGUGCUACAUUGCCACACUAAAACCACUUCAUAAUUAAGUGAUAUUGGUGCUGAGUGUCUUAAUACAAGAUACAUUUAUAAAGGUCUAGUUUGUGUUUUUUGCGUUCAUUUUUCAUUUCCAUUUAUAAAUGGAAUGUGUGUGAAGCUGGUGUUUUUUGGGUCUGUUACCUGUUCAGUGGUUGCUCUCUUCUUACUAUUCCUGUUUUUAUGGUCUUCAAGAAGCACUGGGCAAUCACCUAGGCUCUGAGUACCUCCUAAUACGUAUGAACGUGUGUGUGUGUGUGUGUGUGUGUAUAAUUGUUUACUUGCAUUACAAACAGGGCUUGGCAGAGCCCUGAGAUGUACAUAACUUUAACCCUAUAAUUCAGUGCACCAUGCGGUAUGUGUACCGAAUCUUUCAAAAUCCCUGAAUGCUUCUGCUCUGAUGGCAGUCUGAAAGAAGACACGGUACUUUCUUGAAAGAUGCUGACAUUCGCAUGUAGAGGUCCUUUCUCCAUCUGUGUUUAUACUUCCAUCUACUGCCCUGCUCUCUCCAAUAAACACACCAGUAGUGUUGAAUAGGAAAGUGCCAGUUUCAGUUUUUAAGACAAUACAUUCUAAAAUGAGUCAGAAACACAGUGAAGGAAAUGUAUCAAUAUUUUUGUAAAAGUGACUGGGAAAUUCGAUCAUUAUUCUUAUUGUAUUUAUAAGAGGAACCCUUCCUUUACUCUAGUGUUGGGAAUACAAAUGUGUCUUUACUUUUGGUCCUAGCCAUGCUGCCUUGGCUAUUAUGAUCCUAACUAUAAGAUAAGGCCAGGGACUAAUGAAAGUAUUUAGAAAAUUGGGCAGACUAGAUGGGCCGAAUGGUUCUUAUCUGCCGUCACAUUCUAUGUUUCUAUGAUCUUGGCUCAUUUAAAGGGACACUAUAGGCACCCAGACCACUUUGAGGCAGGGGUAGGGAUAGUGCCAGGAAUACAGCUUUACAAGCAGCAUACAAGAACAGAGCAGCAUGGAGGCAGAGGAAACGGCUGGAUUGGGCUUCUGCUGCAUGCUCACUUCCAUCUGCCUCAGCCUGCACCAGAAAUCCAAGCAAGCCACCCUCCUGGACACAAAGGUAACCUAAUAGGAGGGUGGUUUCAAAUCUCUAAAGGGUGACUUGUGUGUGGGGGGGAGGGGAGGGCCGAGUGAGUGUGCGCAUGAGUGUGGGGGGGAAGGGACUGCGCGUAUGUGGCGCAGUAGCUUGUGAAGCCACCUCCCUGAAAUGCAUUUUUGCAUUUUGGAAUGUCUGUUUCCCAUAGGAAAACAUUGUGAGGCUAGUGGGCAGGGGCGGCAAAACACUGUUCAGUUUCAAUCAAAUGCUGCUGAAUGAGCAUUUGAUUAAAAAACGUGUUUGAUUCAUUUCUUAAUGCAAGUGGACUACUGCUACAAGGGUUAAAAUUACAAAGCCAUUUCAUUUUCCAUUAGGGAAAAAAAUUCUGAAUAUAUUGCAUCACUGAAAAAAACUUUUCAUUUUUAUUAUUAUUCACUCAGUCUUGCAGACGGACAUCUUGUGAUCUUUCUCUGUGUUUGCGCGCGUAGUUGCUAUUACACAGGUCGAAUGGGAAAAAACUAAAGACUUGUUAAAUCUAACUGACCAAUGUAGGCCAGUGUGAAACUAUUCCCAUACUAAUGGGGUCAAUUAUUUUGGCAGUGCUAAUAUUUUUCUUGUUUCCAAUUUAAAUAACAUGCUGUGAGUUUCAGGUAAAUGGAAUCCAUUCCCAAUAGUUGGACAAUGCUGAGCUGUUUUGUAUAAUACCAGUCACAUGAAGCUUGCUCAUGAAUCUUUCUAGUGCAUUAGUUUAAUCUGCCCAUGAGACUAUAUCUGGCCCAAGUAGGAGUCCUAUGAAUAAAACAAGCUGUAAAUACGUAACUGCUGACUUUAUUUUUUAAUAAGAAAUAAACUGGGUUGGCCCACUCAUCUCCCUCCCUUAGCUCCUGAGUAAUCGCCAUUGCAAGGCCUUCACGAUGUCAUUGCUGAGCUAGGUGUACUUUGAUGAUCUCUUUCUAAUUUUUCUGCCUAAUGGGAUAAUCUAGGCACCCAGACCACCUCAGCUCAUUGAAUUUGUCUGGAUGCAGUGUCCCUGUUCCCUUAAAUCCUGCAAUGUAAAACCUUGCUUGUUUACAGAAAUGGCAAUGUUUACAUUGCAGUGCUAAGACUGCCUCUAGUGACUGUUUACCAGAUUGCCACUAGAGGCGCUUCCUGGUUUAACACUUUCUUGAUUGCAGGUUGGGUCAGGUGAGGCGACUAUAGUUUUAGGAAUACAAAAUUUUUGUUCCUUUAAGAGACACUCACGGAAAUCCACAUGUUUGGUACAUAGUGUAGGUUAGGUUACAGUUAAUUAUUAGAAAAUUGGCAAUUGAACUUUACCUUCCAGUAACUUUUGUUCUGCCCAUAAAACGGAUGCAGUAAACUUUUUUUUAUUUUUAUUAUUAUUAUUAUUGUUAGGGAAUUUAUUUUGCGGCUGCCAAAGGAUUCACAAAACUCCUAACAUGUUUUAAUAAGAAAUGGUAAAAGAAAACUCCUUUAUAUGGUGUAACGUCUAAUUUUAUAACCACAAAAUACUGUUUGUAGAAAUAGCUUCCUGUAUUUAUGACACAGGAGAAUUUGGUGUUGAGGAAAUACUGCAAUGUGUGUUAUCUCUGUUUGGGAAUGUGGUAUAUUUGUCAAAUGAACUAUGUUAAAUAUAUCACUGUUAGAGUAAGCCAUGUGUCAACAAAAUGUAAAAGGGUGUGAAAAAUGCAUUAUGUGAAUUUUUAUUAUAUAUAUAUUAUUUAUUUGACAUGCUUCCCACUUUUUAUAUGGAAACUGCUCGAGCCCAUAUUGUCUCCUGUAGCCUUUCUCUUCAGAGCAUGUGAUGUAUUUAUUUUUUAAUGGUUUUUAUAUAAACAACGCUGGACAUAAUUUAUCCUCUUCCCAAGUUUGCAAGAUUCAUUUUUUUUAUUUAAAUUUUCCAAUAACAAGGCUUUAAAGGGCACAUUUUUCAAGGAGAAUGACUAUCUAUUUUUGUUAGAGCAGACAGUAGUUGGCUCUGUAUAUUUCAGAGAGCAGCUGAUAUGUCAUGGGGUGUAUUCUAACCUUGGAGUUUGCAAACAUGUCGGGGUCAGGUUUCUAGACAGUUGGGAGAGAUGUGCUUGGGAAGUGGGAGCUGGUGUGGGUCAGUUAUAACUCUUCUCUUAAACAAGUCUGAAAUCCCACAGCUGAUGAAGAUAAAAACAAACGCAUAAACAUAACAUGAAGGUGGGCAGUGGGGGUGUGAGAAGGGGUCUCCCAUCACUGCUGACACUUCCAGCACACAACAAAAAGGUGGUGUUAGUCCAGGGGGCAUGUGUACUGCAUUGCCACUCCUCAUUAUGAAAGAACCCUCACAUGGGCAGAACUGCAUGACCAUUUUCUCACUCAGUGGCAAGGAUGUUUUUAAUAUUGUAUUAAUUAUGUGCCUAUGCUGUAAUUCAGGGGACACCAGGGAUAGCAAAGAGACACAAGCCUGUCCUUAGAAUGUUUUUUUUUUUUUUGUUUUUUUUUGUUUUUUUAGACUUAUGGGUGUUUUUCUUUUGCCUUCACACAAUAUAGCAGUAAGACUGUCCACAAGACUGUCCACAUCCAUCUACCCAGUUUUGUGAGGGCCAAGUUAUGUGACUAAAGCUGCAGAGUCUAGAGUUCCCUGGAACUGAAAUAAUAAACCUAAAAUAGACAUCCCAACAUACAAAAAUGCAUUUCAGGGACACAACCCACAUUAUUAUUUAUAUAGCGCCAACAAAUUCCACAGCACUGUACAAUGAAUGGGCUUACAAAACUUAAUUUUUCCUGUGUCCAACUCGAUUGGUUACAGAGGGGUUGACCGCACUGACACCCACUCCCAGAUACACACACGCACUUGCAUACACGUGUCCUACUUUUUAAAUUUGCAGCCAAUUUGGUUUACAUUUUCGGGAGGGUGGCUUGUUUGGUGCACCUGACCGGGUCCCUGUUUAGUAAGUAUUGGGGGGAGGGGGGUGUCAAGCCAUUUUAAUAUCCUGGAAAUCGCACAGACAGACACACUGUAGGUCAGAUUGUGUGUGUGUGAGCGAGAUUUUGGGCAUAUUGUAUAACCGUAAAGGUUAUAGAUGAGCAUACCUUCUAGUAAUGAGGCUAGACAGCUUGUUAAACAGACGUGUCGAUGGUUACUUGUUUGAGUAAACUUGCAAUAAAAGCAGAGAAUGCUCUAUAUACCUUUUUAUAGUCUGGGUACAUUGUAUAAUAUGAUUGCUGUGAUGUUGAGAUUAUCGGACGUCUUGGGUGUCUCCUAUGAUUGUUUGAUUAAGAGCAUGUUGGCUACACAUAGCAUAUUGCAUUAGUGACCAGCCUGGAAUCCAGUUUGACUGCAUUUAUAGUGCCAUGCAAAAGUAUUCAGACCAGUUCUUACAUUUACCCGAAAAAACUGUAUAUACAUUGAACUUUAUUUUUAUUUAUUUUAUAAAUAUAGAGAUAAGUCACUAUAUUAACAUGUAUAUAUUUGUGAAGUAUUAAAUGUACAAACACACUUCCUUUAUCCUGCAACUGGAUGCAUCCAUCUUGUAGGUCUGUACUUUUUAAACCUGGCUGUCUGCAUGGAGAAUGCAUGCAGAGACAGAGGAUGAAUAAUGCAGUUUCUUUUUUGUUCUAUUUCGCUAGCAAUUAACAUCAUAAUUCAGUAAAAACAUUGUACAGUCUUUAAAGGAGCACUCCAAGCUAAAUAACACCCCUCCAAUAAAAGAAGUCAAACAGUUUUCCAAUUGUGGUGGGACCGCUGCCUAUUUGUGAAUUGCAAGGAAAUGUUCCCCUUGUUUUCCCCUGCAUUAUGUUGUAUUUGUGUGUUUUACUUGCUCCCCAUUCGGGAGGGCUUAAUGCGAACCGGGACCAUCAAAGAAACCUAAUUUAGAAUGUUGUCAUAGAAUGCUCACACCUAACUAACGAGGUGUGAAAACCACAAACCGCAAGGGAAGCCUCGGCGAGUGACGGCCUGUUAGACGACCGCCAUUUAAGGGGAGCAUUCGUGGAUUGUUUCCCUCCUCGUUCGGUUCCCAAACAGGGACAUCCCCAGUGCCCUUGGAGUGUUGACACCAAUCAAUCAUUUAGAACGUUGGCAACUUGCAACAUAAGUAUGAAACCACAGUAAUUGACUGCUUCCCUGGGUGACCGCCAUUCGUAUAAACGGACAGCUGCCAGGGGUAGCAUUCGUGUCUCGAACAAAGACGCUUCCCCUGACUGGGUUCACCCAGGGACCCCACUACUGGAGGCAGUUACCGUUCGGGGGGAUCCCUGAGAUUGGUGGGGUCUGUGUCUCUCUCUCUCCCCCUCUCCCCCUCUGCCCCUUUCCCCAUGCUGGGACUCCCAGGUACAGAGGCUCAUGGGAUAAAGAUCCCCUGGCCACCGGAGGUGGGAAACCCUGAAGAUGGGUGGCGGGAACUGGGGACAAAGGAACUGGAAUUCCUGUCACACUCACAGGCCACUGGGAGGGGGCGUGAAGUGCCAGGAACAGGGGACAAAGGGAUUGAAAUUCCGAUUUUAUAUGGUACCUGGGAGGGAACAUUGGUGGUCUGUGUGUGCUAUACCCCUUGCAUGGGGAAAGUAUAAAGCAGAGUGUGGCCAAUAAAGUUGUUGUGGUGUGUGUCAUCCAGUUACUGGGGAAGAUGGGUCUCUUACUUAAUUUAUAGCGGGGGUGACUAGCCGGGUUACCUGAUGGUUUCACAGCUUACCUGGGAUCCACGGUGUAGCAGUGACUCUCUACUGAGAGGCAGGAGUUCCUGCACAGAUCUCCCGUUGGCUGUCUUGAGCUAAGCCGUGCAGGGCAGGGCCAGAUCAUUGGCUAAGCACCUCAGCUGAUCACUCCCAGCCAAUGAACUAAGCCCUGCACUGACGGGCUGAGCUUAAUGCAGAGCGCUUUCAGCACCUGGCUGAUGCCUUGUAAGUUGGCAAACUGUCUGUCAUCGGGAGUGCGACAAUUCACUCCUGGCACCAUAAUCACUACGAUGGUGGGAAAGGUUAACAAAAACGAUAGGUGUUUUUCAAUGUCCUAUUCAAUGGUAUAAAUUCCUGAUGAGUGCCCCCUCCCUAGUAAACUAUACAGUUCUAUCUGUGAGACAUUAAAGUGAUGAACAUCUUUACUUUGAAGACUUUAAUGUGUUUGGAAUUGUUGUUAGAGCCCGAUUAUCUGGAAGGGGAGCAUACAUCCACCGCACAUAAACAAUGUAGGUCUGUAUGGACAUGUGACAAGAAAAAAGCCGUCUAUCAAAAUCAGCCAUAGAAACGUAAAUCUGGAGUUGGCUCAAAGCAUAAGACUGAUUUGUCUGAUAUGGGUAAAGGUUUUGUGCUCAUACAUCAACGUGUAUUGCCUGGUGGUGGCAGCGUCAUGCUGAGGGGAUGGAGCAAAAUGUAUGACAAUACUGUAAGAACAGCUUUCAGUUUGCUAAAAUGCUGAAACAUGGGUGAAAUGUCCCCAUUGUGCAGGAUCACUAUCUCAAGCAGAACAAAGGCAAUAGUGUAACGUGCCUAGAAGAGAAAAUGUGAAUAUACUACAGUAAGCCAGUCCAUCUCGAUCUCGUUCCUACUAAGAAUCUGUUGCACUAUUUGGACAUUAACAUCGACAUUGUCUCUUAACGCAGAUGUGUUUGCAAUAAAAAUAUUGUUUUAGCAUUGGUGAGUAUUUAUCAUUUUGUAAUCCAGACAAAAAGAAUCAUUUUCCAGGGGUCUGAAGAGGGUUUCAGGGCACGGAGUUCCUGAAAGCACACAAUCACCUUUUAAACGUGGUAUCAAGCUUUAAUUGCAUUUGCAAGAUUGACAGCUCUGAGGGGCCGGCGUAUAGCUGUAAUGUAUUUAUUUUUACAAAUCCAUUUGGUCUCAAACCAGUCAUGCAAAUUUCUGAUGGUGCUGUGAGUGACUAUUUAAGUCACAGAUUUUCCCUGAAUCGAAGAGAAAGGACCAUGUGUUGGGUUUGGUUGUUAUUUAUUUUGUAUUCAUUGUUCAUGCUUUAAAUUUUGCAAUGUUUCUCUCUCCCCUUUGUGUUUUAACACAUACCCAUGACCGUGUCUCGCCCUUCCGCUGUGAUUUUUAAUCUUCGUAUGGUGUCCAAUUUUUAUCCAAGGUUCUGUUUUUAAUCUCGUCCAAAGUCUUAUUCCACUGUUUUUGUUAAAUUGUUGCUAACCGUUUUGACAUAACUAUAAGAUGGUGCUAAUAGACUCUCGGUCUAGUAGUGCUUAUCUAAUUUAAACUGCCCCGGCUUUGCCCUAAAACAGUUUGAGUUUACAGAGAGUUGGGGGGUCGGGGCGCACAUACAUUGAGCUGUUAGACAAAAUAACCGGCGAUGUGUACGAACAAGUACAAACUUUGUCAGUUCAGCUCCUGUAAUAUCCCCAGCACACCGCAUUCAGGCUGCUCUGUUGUAACUCUACACAUCUGUAGAACAUUUCCUAUAGUAAUCCAUUUUUGUUUUUGCAAACCUCUAUGGUUGGGAAGGUUCUCCUAAUAAAAAGGUGUCUUGUUAAGGGAAAUGCUUGCUGAAUUUGGGUAGGGUGAUCUGCAGGAGGACAUUUCUCAUUUUGUGCAUAAUAUGAUGUAGAUGCUUGUGUGUGUGUGUGUCUCUCUCCCUCUCCCCCUCCCUCCCCUCCAUUUUCUCAUUAUUGUAAUCUUUAUUUAUUAAAUAAAUCCUACACCAAGGAUGUACACAACUGCUGUGAAUUGAAAACCAAACUGAAAAAUGUUGGUGAAAAUAACCAGCCCACUAUUUAUUUUAUUUUCCAGUUUGCUAUAAUCUAUUACAUAAGGGUUUGGAAAACAUUACACCAAAGUAUCCAUUUGAACUAGCUUUGUCCCAGUAGCAUUUCUAGUAAGAAAUGAGUGUGAAAGUAUCCAUUUUGGUAAGCUUUGUCCCAGUAGCAUUUCUAGUAAGAAAUGAGUGUGACUGUGUCCUGUUUGGUAAGAUCAUCAUACCUAGGGUUCAGAGAGAUUUGCAUUUCCCCCACAACAUGGUACAGGACAUGGCAAGUCUGAAAAAUAUUAGAAAUACCGGUACAUGUUCCCCCCUGGGCUUCUGUAUGUUAUUCCAGUGCUGGAAGAGUCUCCUUGCUGCACCUCCAAUCCUCCUUCUAAAGUCAUUAAAGGGGGUCUAUAUAGUGUAAGGCAGGGAUGCACAAAAGGUAGAUCUCCAGGUGUUUUAGAACUACAACUCCCAUGAUGCUAUGCAUGCCUUUAAAUGACAAUGCAUCAUGGAAGCUGUAGUUUUAAAAUGUCUGGGAAUCUACCUUUAAGGCACCCCUGGUGUAAGGAAUACUAAGUUGUAUUCUCCACACUACAGUUCCCUCAAGUCUGCCCUCUCCCAGAUCACCCGAAUCAGCUCUCCGCCACCUCCUCCACCAUCCAACGGGGAGGACUAAUUCACAUGCAACGCAAGCGCAUUAGGCCCUGCCAUAGGAAGUGCCUCUAGUGCCUGUAAGGUUACUAUUGCAGUUUCUGUAAAACUGCAGUGUUUUACAUUGCAAGACUAAGUGGGACUGGGACACUGCACCCAGACCACUUAAAUGAGCUGAAAUGGUCUGGAUGCCUGUAGUGUGCUGUUUAUUUUUUUAUUUAUUAGUGCCUAUCACUCAUAGGGCACUGGAUUGUCCCUUUAAAUUAGCAGAAAAAGGGUCUAGAGAUUUGCUAAAUUUAAAGUCAUGUUGACCUAAUUACAUAACAUUCAGGUCUGAGAUGGUUGCACAGCGUUUCCUAACAAGGUGUGUAUGUAGACAGACUUUCCAAAUUGAAUUUCAUGAAGUCGGCUGCAACUCUGUACGUACGUACGUGUGUGUGUGGGUCUGUAUUAAUAGACCCAGAGACCUGUGCCAUGUACGUUGUUUGGGCUUUGAAAAGGUACCUUUGCUACAUUCCUCUGUGUCAGAGCUUGAGGCCUGUUGGGAUGUAUUUUUUAAUUACCAUUCUGUUUUGCACAGAUGCCGAUGUCUGGGGAGCUAUUAAAGCCAGAUACUGUGGAAUUGCCUUCAGCUCGCUUAGUGCUGGCAGAGCCAAACUGUUCAGUAGUCUGUGCCACCACUCACAUUGGCAUGACUGGUCCAGGAAAAGUGAAACAUUUGGCCUAUUGUUUUAUUCCAGUCUGGACAAUCUGGCUCGAGUUAAUCCCUGCAAAGCUGCUGGUUCUCUCACUGAACUACGGAUCUAAAGCUGGCUUCUGUAUUUUCUGCAUCUUGUGAUCUAAACCAUUGUACUGCGCUGCAGAACUUGUUGGUACUCUAAAAAUAAUUUUUAUUGUAAUUGUUCCUCUGGAGAUACAGGAUUACUUUCUGAAGCUGGCUGUUGUAUCCUAUAAUCUGCAAUUCUAGAACUGUGCUGAUGGCGUCCACAUGAAAUAUUUGUUUUAAAUGUCAGCAUAAUCUAAUCUCCCAAGAUAUCCAUUAAUGCUUGCAUUGAGCUAUGUGCGGCUGGUCAUGAUAUGAAUUCAGAUUACCAUCAUUCUCCGUGGAUGAAAUAUUAAUCUAGUUUUGAAACAAACCAGCCCAGAUUUUUGCUAGACAAGUAUUAUUAUUAUUAUUAUUUUUAUUUUAUUUUCCUUUAGGAUUGAGGCUUUUGAAAAUAUUUGCUGCCACUAGUUUUUUUUUUUUUUGUAUGUUUUGUCUACGUUUGGACUCUUACGUUUUAGUCCAUGAUUAUUUGGUUAAUGAAAUCUUUACUAGCAGCAUGGCAUCUUUCUAUGUUAUACAGUAAAUGUGCCCUCGAAAUCCUAAAAGCAUGGUCAAGCAGGCUCCUUUUUGUUGUCUUAUGUUACAAGAUGUAAUUUUAUGAGUAUUUUGUUUGGUUUUCAGGUUUACCCGAUUUCUUAAAAAAAAAAUUUUUUAUAAAAUGUUCACAAUUUGCCAUUUUUGUGGUAGACCAGCUGUAAAAACAUUAGGGGGGGAUUAUCUUUUUCUUUACACUUUGUUGUAAAUUUACCUUGUUUUAGUUUCUAAUAUGUGCUAGAAAGAAGUGUAGCCUUUGUGAUUUGAUACAUUUAUUAAGAAUUUAAUUCCUUGUAUGAGGAGGUUUGAUAACAAAAAUUCCCAGGUCGAAAGAGGGAUCGAUCUGUUGGUCCGUUAAAGGUCUAUAGACAAAUGUUCUUGGACCGUUUCUCUUUGGCACGUAUUCAUUAGAUCAUGCAGCUGUACCUGUGUGACUGACCCCAGACUCCUGCCAUGCAUAUCCCAGCAUGCUCUGUUAGCUUUCUUUUACCCCCUUAGAUCUGCACGCCAGCAGUCAAGUUGUCCAGGUCCGGUUUUGAUCAGAAAAUAAAGGAAACGUUCUAAGCCAACUACUUCUCACCAUUGCUGGGAAAAUAAAACCCAAGAAAGACCAUGAUAACAUAAUCCUAGAUGCAGAUAUCCCAUUCCUUUAUCCAGGACGUGUUGUUGAGCUGUAGGAGGCCUGGAUUAUUGGAAUACAAUUAGCUUGCCAGAGAGAUUCCUGGCUGCCUGAAACCAUCCAUCUGGAAGGGGGUGUGAGGGCUUUGGAUGGUCCAUGGAUAGGGCCGUGCUGGUUCCUGAGUAGGUGUUUUGAUGACACUAUCUGCUGCCACAGCAAGUUUUUCCAUGGAAGACAGACAUCCUCUCGUAAUUGGCCUGGGCAUCUGGUACAUCUAUUGUCACACUUCAAAGGAAGAGCUUGUUAGAGGGAACGCCCCAACAGACCUGCAUUCUCACUCACUAGAAACAUGCGGACAAUGUCUCCUUAAGUCAUACACAUGUUCCUGUAAUCCAUUUCCAAGCUUCAGUCACUUCAAAGAUCACAAGAAAUAGCAGCUUGCUAGUAAACAAAUAUCAGGUACAAAUUUGUUUUAAUGUAUGCUUCAUUGCCUUUAAAUGGAGUAUGUAUUUUCUAUCAGGAGCCUUUGAAUUAGGUAGAUUGAACUAUGGGAUAUUAAUGUGUGUGGGUUUGUUUGUUUUUUCCCUCCACUUCCCUGUGUUUUGUCCCUCAUUCUUAUAGAGUGUAAGCUGAUAAAAGCUGUGGAGUUUGACUACAUUUCCCAUUUUGUCAACAUGCAAGUUAUACAUACUUUUUUCUUUUAUAUAAUGUUUGAAAUAUUUUUUUAUUUUUUUUUUAUUGAUACAGGGCUUCACAGGGGGAUAACAUGCACAUAAUACAUUUAAAAUAAAUAAAUAAACAUUAUUAACUUUAUAAUCUGCUGUCUUCCAUACAGGGACUCUAAUGUGAAGUUGCAACACUCCAUUUAUUACCUGUGUGCUACUUUAUCACAUGAUGCUCAGCUGUCCAGGCACACUAGGAGAGAUCGUGUUGUAUAGUUAUUAGAGUUGUAAGAGUGGAGUCAUUUUCAAUGGUGUGCCUGCUGGUUUAAUUGGUUUCCAUGGUGAUUGCUCCUUGUUUAGAACUCUGCAAUACUUUUCAGAACACAGCACUUUGAUAAAUCUAGCUGAUCAAUAGGUGAUGACUGACCAUUGUGCACCUAGUUCAUUGGUGAAGUUUAUUGCUUAUUUAUUUAUAAAAAAUAAUUUUAUACAGUGGUAACGAAUUCCGCAGUGCUGUACAUUAGGUAUAGUGUGUGUGUGUAUAUAUAUAAACCCAGCACUCUAAUCUUUAAAUGCAUUUGCUUGGGUGCAGUCCUUCCCAUCGUCGCCCACUGUAACACAUCCAAGCUGGAUCUGGGUAGAUAUCCUUGUCUAGGAGGGAGGGAGCUUCAACAAUAGUACAGGCCGUGGUGGCAGAGGUAUAUGCCGGACUGCAUGCUCUGCAUAUUUUCCCUAAAUUUUACAGUCCAUUUUCAAUUUAGUUUAAAAAAAUUUUUUUUUAAUAAUAAAAAAAUCCAUUGUAUUCUUAAAAUCCUUUAUGUGCACAGAUUAAAGGAACUCUCAAACUUCCAAAACAAAAUAAAAUUUUUUUGAAUUUGUUCAUCACGAUGCUUAGAUUCAGGCUUCCGAUUUGUUUUAAAAAUAAAAAAAACAUAAUAAAAAUGUUGCAUGUCUGUUAUCCAGUGCUGGAACACCCUGUUCUAUAACCACUCCUCCCACUGUGAGAUCUCUGAUCCACCUGACACUUCUCUUAAAGAAGCAUUGCUAGCCUACGGUGCAUGCGAACAAUAAAUCCGGUGAUUCUUUACGAGAUGCAUGAAAUUUUUUGAUGUCUUCAUGUUGUGCGUUUUGUCAACUCGCUGUCUGACACCCACUAGAAGUGGGCGUUUGCAGCCAAAUGUAAACAUUGCCAUUUAUGAGAGACAUCCUAGAUCUUCUCUGGAUUUCAUGAUUGUAUUUUUAUUUUUUUAAUAUAUAUAUAAAUAUUAAAUGUAAUUUUAGGCCAUGUUGCAUGUUUACUGCUUUCAGGUUUUAAACUGCUGCUGUGUACUUGCCUUGCAAUUUAAGUAAUCCUCUUACAGUAUUGCCUCUCGUCUGAGUCUGGCACCAGUUCUAAAACAAGAUAAUAAUUAAUCCUAAAAAUUAGCAACUAGGGUUAAGAUAGGUGCCUGUUGAGGGAGGAUAUGGAACGGAGAGGCUCAUCGUAGCCGUGUUAGGAAUCUGUGUGCUCUAACCCCUGUGGAGUACACCUGCCAUGAUCAGGAGCUGGCAUUGGAGUUUGUUUGGUAUUUUUUUUUUUUUUUUUUAAAGGCAGCUGGAGUGUCAAAUGUUGCGUAUGCUGCCACUAGAGUACCGUGCAGUGCAGGCCAGAGUAUGUUGUAGAGAGGAGAGUACAUAGGAUAUCUGGGAAACGUAGUGAGCCGUCCCAAGUUUGGCUGUUACAGCAACCGUAUACGGAUUGCUGCUGUUUUGAUUUUUUAAGGGGAAGUUGCUCCCCAACUAUGUUUACUUCUCCCCUAUAUUUAUUCAACCUGUAUUUGGGCGGUCUGGACACAAAGUUAAUUCCAGAUAUCCACAUUGCUGUAGUUAGUGCUAUCCUGUAACUGGUCCCUCCAUUUGGGCUCUGUCAAUCAUAUUACAGGAUUCAUUCACUGCACCUCUCCAUCCACAUAGAUAAUUUAUCCUAAAAUGUUUCUUGGUCUCCAUUGUAACUUGGCUCUGGUUUUGCCCGAACUAAACUGGAUUGUGAGGUCAACUGACUAAUCGUUACUAUUCAUUUAAAAGUUAACACACGUUUUUAUUGGUGUUGUUCCCAAACACCAUAACCACUUCAGCCACCCUGUUUUGAUGCCAUGAGGGCCUUGGCACAUUCUCAGGGUAAGUAGUCAAAAAUUAUCUAGAGUUCGUUGAGAGCUCGUCACCUCCAACUGUGCCCUCAUUGGCUGAUGUGCUCCGCUAACGCUCUUGGCUAAUGAGUAGGCCUUGCACAGCAGGACUGGAUUCAUUGGAACUAAUCAAAGCUCUCUGCUGGAACUUUCAGCUCCAUAUGAGGCAGUGACAGGUGACCGCAAAACAACUGGUUAGUUGUCAAACUUUUCUAAACGUUUUGAUUGGUCUUCCUGGGAGAGUGCCAGAGCACUCCAGGAACUGUAAAAACUAAUGUGGAUUUUAGUAGUUAUUGUGGUUGGAGUGCUCAUUUAAUGGACUUUAAUGGAGUUUCUUCUUUUAAUUCCCAAAAGAGGUGGCUUGUGAGCAGCAUCUACAAUUUUAAAAAUCGUUAACCUAGUUCCUUUUGAAUACUUUUUUUUUUUUUCUCAGCUGAGAAGUAGGGGUUACUCUGUUGUGCCCAGUCAUGUUAGACUUCUGUUUAACGUAUCUGUUUUUCUGUGGUUUUAGCAUUGUGUAAGUUAAUGCUGUAAUCGAAGGGCUGGUGUGCUUGCUUAUCUGAUAGUUAGGGUGAUGUGGGUCGAGCCUGCAGAUACGUCAGUCUUUAGUUAAAGGAACAGUAAGCUAGCCCUCUGAACACCUUGUGAGGUAACUACUUUUACUGUGAGUAAGAGGGAACUUUCUGUUUUCUAAAGGCCUUUUGCAUCUCUAACAUGGAUCGUGUUUUCAGUCUGUUUAGGUGGGGCUGGUUUGUUCUGCAGAAAUUUGCACAUUGCAAAAUAUACAAAUGGCACACUCCUGAUUUUGGAAAAUAAGGCUAUAGGUGUCCAGAAAACCAAUUUGCUAAGUGUGGCCCGAAAUAAAUCCUUAAAGGAACACUAUGGGGCCAUAAACACAAAUGUGCAUGCCAAACCAUAUAGUGUUAAAACAUUUGUGGAGUGCCCCCUUAAAAGAACUUAUCUUCUUUCCAGUGCAGGUGUGCUGACCCUGCCCUGAUCCGCCUCCUUAGCUGACCUCAUAAUUGAUGAUCUCAUCCAAUCCAAUCCAAGGCUUACCCAUAGGAAAGCAUUGGAUUGGCUAAGAUCGUCAAGGAGGGGGGAAGGGUCAAACGCUGGCUUGGCCAAUCUGCAUCUCCUCAUAGAAAUGCAUUGAAUCAAUGCAUCUUCGUGCAUGGAGAUGCCUGUAUGUAAGUGCUGCACGUUGUGUAGUACUGCCCCAGGAAGCUCCUCCAGUGGCCAUCUGUUCCCUAGGAACACCUCUAGUGGCCACUCCUCAAUGUAAACACUGCCUUUUCUCUGUAAAGGCAGUGUUUACAGCAAAACUGCUGCAGGGACAGGAUAAACUAAUCAGAACUACAUUAAGUGGUAGUUUAUUAACCAUAACCGGUUAAUACCACACGCAUUUUAUUUCUCUGGGCAUAAUUCUGAGCAGUGGAGAAUUAAAAAAAAAAAAUCUAAAUCCAUCAAAAUGAAUUGUCACAAAGCGAUAAUUAAAGACAAUAUUUCAUAUAUAUAGAUAGAUAUAUAGUUCCUACAUCUAUCUAUGUCUAUAUCUUUGAAUCAGUGCAUCUCUAUAUAUCUCUCUAACCAAAAGGGUUAUGGUGAAAAAAAUUUUUUGAGUGAAUGCCCCUUCCACCUGAAGUAGUUAAUACAAUGUUAAACAAAAAUCUGCACACCAGUCAAGCCAUAAGACUUGCUUUUUCCUCCGAAAUCACAAAUUUGCAGUGAUGUUACUACCGCAAAGGAUUCUGGAUGGACAUAUGCAAAUUAGUUUAACCAAGAAUCAUAUUUUUGCCUCAAGUUCGCGGACGGUUAGCGACAUCACUAGCUAUAAAGAGUCUUUAUAUGAUGCAGGAUGUCUGUCCUUCGUUAAUCAAUUAGAAGCCACAGAUUACCUGCUUUAAUUUGUCUUGUGAGGUUUGCAUGCUGCAUACUACAGGGCAGCACUCUUCAUGUGCUGCCCCUUAGUACCAAGACAUGUGUCCAGGAAGGUCUUCACUAGUUUGCUAGCAGUGCAGGCCCAGAUAUGAAACAAUAGUUUUGUAAUACCUCUGUACAUAUGCAAUACAUGCACCGCUCUAUCCCUGGCUUACAGGUUCAAGCUACAUCAGAACAGGGAAGAAUAAAUUUUCUUUUUUUUCAGUAUUUAGAAAUACUUUGUACCUUUCAAAACCUCAUGCACACAGACACCGCAUAUAACAUUAAUUUCACAUGUUGGUUGUAGACCAAGACAAGUUGCAAAACCAAAUUACUUUUUAACACAAGCGUUGCCGUAUAGUAUACUGUUUGUGUCUCAACAGUCUCGCUCGCAAACUUAGGACACAAGUAAAGAGUUCCACAACAACACUCUAAUUUUGCAUCGUUGUGUUGUUACAAGGCCAAGUGUACCAAAACAAAAGGGUACAAGCAUUAUUAUAAGUAAUAGCACGGGAUGUCAUGCACAACUGGAUUAUGAGGCAUCAUAGGGUCUGGGAACAUAUCUAUCAGGUAAGUGACCGGUGAAAGUGGCAUAGCCCUCCCUAUGGAUAAGUUUAUUACAGACCAGAAUCCUCGCAAGGCCUGACACGUCCAAAAAAAAAUUAAAUAUUUGAAUUGCAUCUCUUUAAAUCCCAUUUUUAGCCAAUGUGGGAGCUGUCUGCAGUCUUUCCCAGACCAGUGCCUGGUUUAGCUGUAUGAGGGGAACCCAGCCUGAAUAUGCUGUGUACUGGAGGCUGGGAUGGGGGGUGGGUAAGAAGGAAUGGUGGGGUGUGUAGGAGGACAUUCCAGAAUAGGGAGCGGGCCCAGGGAAGAUUUGGGAUGUGGAUUUAACCCAACAUGUGCCUGCAGGUCUGUCAUUAGGUAAAUGCUCACAAAGAGGGACCUGCAAAUCCUGAAAACUCUACCAGGGUCUGCCACGAAGUGCAUUAUAAAUCAGAAUAGUUCCUUUCUGACGAUUGGCGUCCAUUCAUAUCCUUUAUUUUUUCUCUGACAUUUUCCACUUUUCCAUUAUAGUUGACAGAAUGACACUAGCUUCCGGUCUUUUGAAAAAGUAGAUUUUUGAGAUUGAAAGGGUUAAAUCAAACACCCCCAUCCUUUUAAUUUCCCUCAAAGAGAUAUUUAUUGUGUAAUUAUGCACACGGUGUUCCCUGCAUUGCUAUACUGUAUGUAGAGUCCCUGUGUUGUAGGAGGGGGACAUGCAUUCCUCCUUGAUUGACAUGCUCACUUUCUCCCUUGUAGCACAGGGAUGGUACAUUCUCCUGGGCAGCACUUUACAUGCACUAACCAUCAACAUUUAAAUAGAGUGUAUAUAUAUAUUCAGAAAAACAUGAUUUAUCCGGAAGCUCUAUUUGUUGCUGGUCUAAUAGAUUAUGAUGCUGUAGUCUACGUGGACCUAGUUAAAUAUUCUGGAGGGAGUUGUUGCCUGAGUGUCUUAAAAUGUUUGAAGUUAUCCUGUGAUCUUGAUUUUGUGAAUAAACAUUUUUUUUUUUCCAUUUCUUUACACUGUAUAUGUUGCUGCAGCUAUACCAUCCCAUACAUAGGUUUGUGAUUUAUUUUUAUUUUUUUUAGAAGAAAUCUUAUCACUAGGGCGUAGGACAGAGCAAUCAAGUGCUGGAGCUCAAACCAUUUGUUUAAUCCCUAAAGGGGAGCCAGGGAUCUCCUGGCACCAUAACUACUUAAUUUCUAUUGAAUGGUCACUAGAACAAUUACAGCUUAAUGUAAUUGUUCUGGUGUAUAUAGUCCAUCUCUGCAGGCUUUUUAAUGUAAACACUGAAAAGGCAGUGGCCUUGUUUACAUUGCUGCCUAGUAACACCUGUAGUAGCAGUCACUAUACAUAUAUAUACCUCCUUCUCACUCGAGUAAUACCCAGCGCAGAGUGUCGUAUGGAUCAUUAAGAUGCAAGCUACGUCUCCACUUAAAACCCAAACCGAAGAGGGGAGUUUCUCUGCAGAAGAGUUAUCAGAUUGGUAAUCUCCAGUCAUCUUCAAGCAAGUCUUAAAGCUCGAGGAUUCUAGCUGCCUUGUAGACCACUCUUCAGAAGAGUUUUAGGAAUUUCUGGAAUCUGCCAACAUGCAGUUCUCUGAAAAUGUUUUAGGGCUCUCCACAAAGAACAAAGAUGAUUUUGAUGACAUCUGCCUUGCAUGCACAAACUCCAUGUGAUUCAGAACAAGUGGUGGACAAACCUUGCAGAGCGAACUCCACUUUGCGCAGAUGUUGGCAACUACAGAGGGUUUUAUGAAUCCCUGAAUGCAGUUUACGUCCCUUGCACAUUGCAAGUGAUCAAACACUCCUCACAGACAAGGUGUCAUUUCUGAACCGGUGGUAAGAACAUUUCCAGUCUCAUCAGCACCAACCGCACAGUAAAUGUUUCUGCAGUUUAUCGCAUCCCACAGCAGUGUGGAGACAAACAAAAAUUUGUACUGGAUUCUCACUCUUGAACAGGCUAUUAAGCAGCUGAAAAGUGAUGAGGCAACAGGAGUCAAUGAUAUUUCACCUAAAGUCUGGAAGGGUGAGGGCCUAGCCUUACACACUAAACUUUGAUUUCUUUGUCUGCUGGGAACAAGGCAAACUACCACUGGACCUCUAUGUCGGUAUAAUCAUCAUCCUUUAUAAGAACAAGGGAGAAAAGUCGAACUGCUCUCCGUCACAGGAAAAAUCCUUCCAAGCCUGCACCUCAUGAAGUUUACCAUCACUCUCGCAUCACUAUUGGCGAAUCAGAGCUGAGGGCAGCUACCUUGGGUGCAUAAGGUCUUCAGAUGCCACGAUUGACAAAGAAACUGUAUAAGAGUCUGGAAAAACAAACCUCUAAAGAGAGGCACAAAUAUAAGUGUCUACAUAGCUGUUGUACUGACCACUCUUCUGUACUGCUCUGAGUCAUGGGUUGCCUAUCUCCAUCACAGGCAACUCCUUGAGUACUUUCUCAAACGCUUCCUCUGCACAAUCUGAAGCAUUUAUUGGAAUGACUUAAUCACCAAUAUCAAUGUUCUCGAACAGGCAGGGACAACCAGUAUCAAGACUUUGCUUUUGACGUUGCAGUUGCGCUGGGCAGGGCAUGUCUCCAGGAUGGAAGAUCAUCUCCUACCGAAGGUUGUACUGUAUGGUGAACUCUCCACUGCACACCGCAACAGAGGUGCACCAAAGAAGAGAUACAAGGACUCUUUGAAGUAAUCACUUCUUGCCUAUGACAUCACUAUCGUCCCUGGUGUGCCCUAACCUCUGAUUGCGAGAGUUGGAGACCCACCAUUCAUCAGGUUGUCUCCUCCUUCGAGAAUGCACAUAGGGAAGAUAUUGUGAAUAAAAAGAAACCGGUGAAGGACUGUGACACUGUGGCAUCACAGUCAGACCAGAUUUUUCAUUGUAGCGUCUGCGGCUGCUUUGGUCUGUCCUGCAUUGGGAUCAUCAGCCACCAACGUGUCUGCAGCAGACCUGGACAACCGGCUUCCUAAAUCUACGUUAAGUUACUUACUGCCAUUACAAUUUAAAUAUUCAUGUUCCUGUACCUCUCAUUAUUUUUGUUAGAUUUACAUUGAAAACUAGCAAUCGUACAAUGUGAAAAGACUAUCUGUUUAGUGGAAGUCCUUGCAGGGAAAGGCCCAAAUAAACGGGUUCAACGUAAUUUGAAACCAUGGUCUUUGGAACUUGUUUACUUUUGGCCUCCAACAGGCUCUACCUGUAUAGAACCUGUCUAGACUUUAAAUUUUAUUCUUUUUUUAUUUUUUUGGUUGCUUUUGUCAAAAUAAAAUUCCUUUCUAAUCCACACCAAAGUGAAUUGACAUGUCCUGGAUUCACUUGUGGAGUCUUAAUCCACGAAUAAGACUCCACAGGUAAAUAUAAAUUAUUGGAUUAAAAGGAAUUUGAUUUGGAGAAACCGUCCAGUACCAAACCUUUGGUACCUGUCUAGGAAGUGGUUAUGGGGAUUCUGACAUUGAUACUGCUAAUUGGCUGAGGACUCGAGUCUAAAUCCGAAUCUUUUUAGCAGGCAAUGUUACUACUGUUUGAUCUACAGCCAGACCAAACCAAAUCCAUUUACCUUGAAAUUGAUCUCGCUAUAGUUCAUGUUUUGCUAUAUUGCUGUAACUUAUUUUUAUUUUUUUUUAUUUUAUUUUUUUCAAUUUUUUUUAAAUGGUGCCAAGAAAAGCAGGUUGAAGGUAUGUAGAGCAAACACCCAAACUCCUGUGCCAAUAAAACAAAAUUGCAUAACAUAUUAUAAUUAUUAAUGCUUAACAAUAUCUUAAACUGCUGUCAUUAAAAUAAAAAUAAAAGGGGGGGGGGAGGGGAGAACAGUCACAACUGAGAUUUUUGCACAACCUGAUGUGCAGUUAAGUGUUUAGUUUUUUUCAUUAAGUCUGCAAUAUUUUUAUUUAUUUGAAAUAUACAUUGUAUGACUGACAGACCUGGCACAGACACUACAUACAUCAGAAAUCAACUUAAAGAACAACUGUCAUCACAUUUUCAUAUUUUAACCCCUUUAAGACCAAGACUUUUUUUUGUGAUGCAACGUGUUUGUAACCAAGGCUUCAUUGAUCCUUUUGCUAUGCAUUCAGUCAAUCCCAAUUUCUCCAUUUCUGUUUAAGUGUGCCCAUACAGAUGUAUUUAUAUAUAUAUAUAUAUAUUUUUUUUUUAAGGUUUUUUUUUUUUUUUAAAGGAGAAAUGGGGGCUUGCAGGAAGACCUCCCCGUGAUCUUUUCAGAAACUUGGCGAACACUACGCCUGGUGGGAGGGAGCAGUGAAAUACAGUGGGUGAGUUAGAUUGCUCGGCCACUGUAUUUGAAGGGCUAUGAGAAGUGCUCAAUUUUACUGCUGCUCAUAGCUCAUCUGUCAGUGUGAGGCUAACGGUGGCUGACCGUUUGUUACAUUUUUUUUUUUUUCACCAUAAAAACUGAUUUUGCACAGCCCUUUGGGGAUUUUUUUUUUUUUUUUUUUAACUUCUAAGCUUGCCAAGGUCUAUGGCCAAACUGUAAUAUAUAGACAGGCUGUUUUUUGGGUAUAACUAUAGUGUUGGGAAUACAAAGUUGUAUUACUAACACGAUAGUACCCUCUGGGCACUGUAUAAUAAUCAAGGUUGUUGUGUGUAUAUAUAUGGUUUGUACAUUAUCUGUGCUCGGUGCAAUGCUGCUUUGUAGUUUGAACAGAUUAUUUUGCACAGGCCUUUAAUAGGAAUUUGCGUAGUCUAGUAUAAAUUAGGAUUUCCUGAGUGUGAAAUGACGAGGAUCAAAAAAAGCCUUGUCUCGGAGAGUUUAGACAAGGCUUAACAUGUUUCUAUGUUUGGACCUGCUCUUUCCUUGAAAAGGAAGCUAUGCAAGCAGUCUGGUCUUCUGAACAAGUAUAAUGCUUUCAUUCUGGUAGUUAAGCGAUAACAUAAAAAAAUAACUUAAAAGCAAAGCAAGAAGAAAUAUAGACUCUAAAAGUGACCAAUGCUGCAGUGUGUGUGUGUGUGUGUGUGUGUGUGUGUGUGUGUACACAUGCAAAUAAAAUUGAAUAAUCCUAUGUAGGUGAGAUAUUCCAGAAAUACUCCAGCCUUGUUUAUUUUGAGAGAGAAAAAAAUCUCUCAUACUUUUGUCAGAACUUCUGUAUGACUGAAUCCGUAUCUUACUGUAUCCAUGCCUAUAAGUUAGCUCAGGUUUUCAAUGCUCGGCUUGCUUUACUGGUCAUAAGUAAAAAUCACAUGAAAGAAUAGCAUUUAAUCCAUAAAAUUUCUGGCUCUUUUUCUGGAACACUGUUACUUAACUAAUUUUGUAGGAUAUCCAAAUUAUGUAUUACAUUGCUUCCCAUACAGGGACACUAUAGGCACCAAAACAACUUAAGCUUAAUAAAGCAGUUUUGGUGUAUAGACCAUGCCCCUGCAGUCUCACUCAAUUCGCUGCCAUUUAGGAGUUAAAUUUCUUUGUUUAUACAGCCAUAGUUACACCUCAAUGCAUGGGAUUUGCAUGUAACUGCAGGGGCAUGAUGUAUACACUCAAAACUGCUUUUUGUAAAGGGACACUAUAGGCACCCAGGCCACUUCAACUCAUCAAAGUGGAAUGCCCCUGUUCCCUUUAGUCCUGCAAUAUAAAACAUUGCCGUUUUUGAUAAACUGCAAUGUUUCCAUUGCAGGACUAGGACAGCCAUUAGUGGCACUAGAUUUUACUGGACUCGGAAGUCCCUUAAACAACGCUGGACAUCUUCAUGCUCUGAGGUCACCCAAUGUCUGUGAAAGCCCCAAAGGGAAGCAUUGAUGCAUGGGAAGGAUCAAAUACACCUACAGAGUUCUGAUCUCCCUCGGGUGAGUAAAUAAAGGGGUUUUAGCCCUUUAUGUGCUGGGGCCAACGAUCAGAAGGCACUAUAGUGUUAGGAAUAUAAUGUUAUAUUCCUAACACUAUAGAUUGCCUUUAAGCUAAAGUUUUGUCCAGUGUUGGAAGGUUCUCCAUUGCUCUGAAAAGGCAACUACAAUGGUAAAUGGUUUCUCAUGCUUAUGGGCAGUACUAGAGCCUGUCUACCACAAUCAGGAUUAUUUAUCAACGUGAGAAUUGCAGGGAGUUCAAAGUGAAUUUCACAAAUUAGGCCAACCUAGCCAAAUUCUAAAUACCUUCUAGCCAAUCCCAUUUUGUUUGACUGCUUUCUUCUUUAUUUACGAAUUGACAAAUUCAAAGUGAAUUCUAAAUUAACCAUGAAAUUGGUCAUUUUAUAGAGAUUUUGUCCCCGUUAGAAUUGCAAGUUUUGCUUGGCAUAUUUAUCCUUGUAUUGCAAAGUUUUCCUGAAGGCUUUAUUCGUUUUAACCGGUUGGGUAUUCCUUCUCAUUUUACUAGAUGGUACAAGCUCCGUUCAAAGCCUGGGAGGAAGGAGAAGGAGAGGGGUGAGAUCGAAGUCUCUAUCCAGUUCACGAGAAACAAUUUGACUGCCAGUAUGUUUGAUCUCUCUGUCAAGGACAAACCCAAGACACCAUUUGGGAAGCUUAAAGACAAGAUGAAAGUCAAGAAACUCUUUGACAUGGAGUCCUCUUCCGCCAUCGUUCCAAGCAGUGUGGGCCGUCUUGAUAGUGACGAUGAGGAUGAAAGAAAGCCAAAGUCCAAGGCAGCCUUUUUCUUGAAGGGACGUUUGCGCAAAAGCUCCCUCACCAAAUCCAACACUUCUCUGGGCUCUGACAGCACCAUCUCAAAUGCAAGUGGCACAGUGCCCACCAGUUCUGGCAUCUCUAUUGUUCUACCUGAUGUUGGCAAGAAACCAGCAGCCAGGAACAGCAGUCUGUCCACAGAAGCCACUGGUAAGUGUAACUCUAAAUAAAAUGUGAUACACCAAACCUUCUAAGUCACCUUAACGACCAAAUUAUACCCCAGUCUAGUCAUUGUCGAGCCUGCGAUGGAACUGAAUAAGUGUAUCCAUUUUAAUUUGGGUCUAAAAAUGAGAUUGAGCAAGUGUAGUUUUACCCCCCUAAUUCAACUGGAUUUUAGUUUUUUCAAUGCACCUUCUUAAAGGACAAUUGUCCCCAAAUUUUCACAUUUUUUUUUUUUUUAAAUUAGUGAAUUUGUAUGUGUGUGUGUGUGUGUGUGUACGUACAUGUAUUUACAUAUUGAUCUACUCUUUCCUGCACCUGUGAUUGUUCUGUGUGAACCAAGUGAGGUUGAGCAGCAGUUUGUCAGAUAAGAGUAGAGUCAGACCCAACAUGACUGCACAUUCAGAAAAAAUACAAUUUUCCCCCCCACAAAAAUCAAUCUACAUCAUUAUAAACAUAUUGUUCCAUCAUUAGAAGUACCAUAAUAAAAAAAUAAAAAGUGAGAAUUUGAUUACAUUUGUCUUAAGUUACAAUUUUACUUAAGCUCUUGAAAUUUUAGUUAAUUUUUUUUUUUUCUUGAAAAUUUAGUUAAUUUUCAUCUAGAAUGGAGAUAACUGGAAUUUUUUCUGCAUUAUGAUUACAAAAAAUCCAAACCCUUUAAAUCAUCAUCAAUUAAUGGAGGUCCCAGGAUUUAUCAGAGCAUAGCAGGCUGUGUAGGGUUUACUAGUUCAGUCGAGUGAGUACUUCCAUUUGUUAAAAAGAAAGUAAUAAAUAUGAUUUUUAUCUAUUUUUACGGGAGCAGGGGGCUAGAUGGUUGUUUUAACACUAUAGGGUCAGGAAAACAUGUUUGUGGUCCUGACCCCAUCCUUUAAGCUAUAGUGUCACUCUAAACUUUGUCGUUGAAAACAAACUAUUUGUUUAAAAAAAUAAUAAUAAUUCUGGUCCUAACUUUGCUAGCUGGCUCCUAGAUUCCAAACAUAUAUUUGUCAAGCCCUGAUGCAACUAAUUAUAAGGCAAAUAGUUUCAGGAAGAAAAUAAUUCCCUUUUAAAACAAACCUAUUCCCCAUAUAUAUAUAUUUUUUUCCUGUGCGAGUGCAACCAAGGGGGAUCCAUAAUCCGAAACCUGUGCCUAAGCAUGAAACACGUUAAGCUUUGGAAUUUUUUUACAUUUAUUUAUUUAUUUUUACACCUCUUUCUUUGGCACCAAGAUGUUUAAAAACACCCGGCUCCUUAGCACUGUUUUACUGUGUGCAUGUCCCACCGGCGUGGUAAAUGAAGUUUUUGCAUGCAAUGGAUUAUGAAGAUCCUGUCGUGGCUCACAGCAGUCUUUAGGGGAGUUGAAGACUUCUCAACUGGUGUUGUGUUUGCCUGGUAAGCACUUUAACAGAGAGCCUCACCCAGCAUGAUAAAGUAUCUAGCCAUGCGUUCUUAUCCGAGCUAAAAUGCUGGGUUCUAGCCACUCGGUAAUAAGUCAGUCUGUGUCUAGACUGAACUGGUCAGUAUCGGCUCCUGGGUUAUUUCUUCUCCUAUGUUCCUAGGAACCCAUGAGCAAUAUGGAGCAGUUGGUAACAGAUCCCAACCCAGGAUGGUCACAGGAUAGAUGUGUAUCCCCCAUACUCUGUGAUGCACAUUCAAUAUUACCAUGGGUCUAUUCACUGAUACCCAAACUUGCUUUAUCAAACUCUGCCCAUUUUCAUCCGUUAAGUUCUUUUCAAUCUUUUUGAUUGAGUUCCUGUGAGAAUCCCUUUAUUCUCUGUCCACAGAAUUGAAACUGCUUUGAGCCAAUUAGAUCUAUGCGAUUUCUAAAUUUAUCUCAUUGAGCAGUAAGAACCAUUUGAAAAUAGCUUUACGUAGAUUACAGCUGAACGGCAGACCAAUUUUACUGCAGUAAAGGGUUAUUUACCAACAUGAGAAUUCAAUAAGAUUUUUUUUGCUGACAGGGGGCUGGUCACCUAAAUAUCACUAUUAGAGCUAUAGUCCAUGAACAAACAAAAAGAGGAAACGGCACUCCAAUGCUGGACCCAGUGCUUUCCAUGUCAGGUAUACAUGUUUGUAAUCUUGAUACUAUACUGUUCCUUUAAAAUGGGGCAGAGAUUUUCAGGAUGUCUUGCGGUUCCAUGCACAUGCAGCGUUGUGUUGGAGUUCUAAAGUGCUAGCUUCUACGCUGCAGAAUAUGCUGGCGCCAUAUAAAUGUCCAUAACGAUUACUCUUUAUGUGUAGUUGAAUGCGUUACUGUGAAAUAGGUUUUUAAAGGGUUACUCCAAGCAUCACAACCAGGACAUGCCAGGUCAUGGGGAGAACCAUUUUGCUGCGGUGGGCCGAUCCUGCCAGUCAUUCACUGACGUCCGCUGAUCACGGUCAGCCAAUGAAUAUACAUUGAAUUGACAUUUGCCAGCCUUGAAUUCUCGUUCAAUAUCUCAAAGCUGUUUGGUUCUGAAAGCUGUUUGGUUCUGGCUCUGUUCACCUUGUGCUGUCUGUAGAUCCUGCUGAGUCAGUCCUUCUCUCAGUUUGUGAAUUAUAUCUGUGAAAUGCAGUACUAUAACACUUCUGUUCCGGACACUGCAGCAUUACGCCAUGUCAGCUUGCUGUAUAGAAGGGAACUGUUAUUUGUCUUGGUUGGUGAUUUAGCUGUGAUGGCUCAGGUCUGCCCUCUAGUUUUCAUCUUGUGUACUGUAGGCUCUGAGCUCAGUGUAUUGUAUACCUUCCUCUGAUGUUACAGACAGAGCUGUCCUGUAGACUCCACACCGGAAAAAAGCUUCCUUAUAGGAACAUCUGACCUUGGCACCCCACAUGCUUUGUGAACUAACGCUCCUAUGAUGCUCAUAAGGCAGCAGGGUUUCCCAUGGGUGGUACAGAUUGUCACGAAGUGGGCUUUUGAGCUUUGCGAAUACAGUUUACUGGUUUAUCUGCUUUAAUGGUGUAGUGCACACAGUGUACACGGUUUCACUGAUCAGUCUGUUGCAAUGGUAUCAGCAUAUAGUGUGUGUUUAGAAAUAAGCCCACCAUUUCUGUUCUUGCGCCCCAACCUGCUAGGCUCCCCUUCUUGCUUCAAUAAUACUUCUGUAUAUGAUGUCGUAUGACUUUGGUUUCUUGGAGUUGUAGUUUCUGUUGGCUUUCUGCGUUAGAAAACUCCAAGUGAGCUAGAAUUGGCAGCGACACUUUAAAAAAUGUCCAUAAAGCAUUUCUUAUGGAAUAAUAUCAGCAGUGCUUUAGAAAUAAAUGUAGCAUUCUGAUUUGCUGAAUCUAUUCCAGGUCUUGGCAGAACUCGUUUCAUGUUUUGUUAAAGCUCAGGCUUUCCAGCUUCUGUGGCAACUUUAAUUGUAUGAGGGGCAAAUAAGGCCGUAAAGGAAAUAAAAAAUGGGGGAAUAAGUCGGUUGUGGUGUGCCGGAAACCGACGUUGUGGUAGGCCUGUAAUAAAAGAGGGCCCACCCAUGAGGUGUAAUGAAAAGUAUAAAUAAAGGGAGUGGAGGGUGGGGACAUGCGACUCGCUAAAAAACGAACGGGACUGAGGAAGGUGAGGAGGGGUUUAAGUAGGUUAACAUGCCCAUCCCACAACUGCAGGCCAAGCCUUCACAUUUAUGAAUAUCCUUGGAACCCACCUCCCUUCAUUUUAUUUAUUUUUUUUACAUUUUUUUUUUUUCUUGCCCUUUUCCUUUUGAUGUAUAAUAAUGGCUACUUUCUCGUGCAUGAGUCAUUUUUUUGGGCAAAAUGUGUCUGCUGCAGGUUCAGCUUCCACCUUUUCCAUUGGUGACCAGCUGACCGGUCAUUAUAUCCACAUAUAAGUAUAAAAAAACAAGAAUAAGUGCUUUAUAUCUGUAAAUGAGCUGCAAUUCACCAACAAGGUGUUCCCCUAACCUUGUGAAAAACAAAACCGGUAUAUAGAAUAGAAAGGUGAACAGCGCUAACCAUAUAUAAAAAUAUAUAUAUUACAUACGUGGUAGAUGGUACUUGUCAAUGAUAUGGCUUAAAAAAGAACAAAAUAAAAUAAUAGUGCAAUAUAUAAUAACAGUGGAGUAAAUAUAGAAGGAAUAUAUGAUCCAAACUCGCACUUUAAAGAGCUAUAUAAGCUCAAUUGGAAGGGCCUGGACGGAAUAAUCCCCGUCUGUGGAUAUCUUGAUAUGAGAUCUUCCUGGUAGGCUUAUAGAGAUGGACUUUCACAAUAUAGAAGACAGGAAAGAAAAGGAACACUAAUAGUGUAAAUAGUACAUGUAGGUAUAUUGCAGAUAAAAAUAGUCCUACUUACAUAUACUAGAGCAAUGGACCUGCUCUAGUGUAAACGGCUUCAGGUGGAACAAUCCCCACCUAGGGAUAUAGAGGACCCAGAGGUAGCAGCAGCAAGAUGAAAUAGGAAGUAGGACUUGGAGAGACUGGGUUUACAUAAAAUGUAUAUACUUUAAUUGGAUAAAAUUAAAAGUAAAAAAACAAAUAUACAUAUAUUUAUAAAAUACCAGUCUAAAUAAAAGUCAGUAGUUCUUCAUCACUAGACGCGUUUCGACGUGGCUUUUUCAAAAGUGAAUGCUUGCUGCAAGGAGUCCUCGAGGUUAUAAACCUUCUAUGUUUGUAGAAACGGAUUCCGGUGUGUGUAGCUUGUCAUUUCCGGUUUCGUCGCGAUGACGCAAACGGAAGUCCUCCGGGCGCCAUUUUGGGUAAGGGCAAAGUUCGUAAAUGCCCAAAGGACGGCACAAUAGUGUGUAGGACAGAGAUUUUACAUUAAAUAAGUAUGUUAGCAUAGAUAAUAAUACAGUAUAUACAAAAGUGAAUAUUAAAACAUAAAAUGUGAAUCCAAAGAAGCAUUAUAUUAUUAAUGUAUAAGUGAUCACUUUCAAACAGACAUCUGGGCUCAAUAUUGAUAUGAUUUUAUUUAUAUAUAUAUAUUUUGAACAUAGCUAAAAAAAUAAUAAAUAAAACGCCAUAAAAAAUAUGGUUUUUUAAUAUAUGUUAAAAAAUUACAAUGGAUAUACAUAAAUUUGAAAUAUUAAAAUGAUGAAUAAAUUAUAAAAAAUGAAUUAAAUCAAAUUCUAUAUUGAGUCCAUUUGGAUGAAGGGUGUCUAAACGGUACCCAUUCCAUUUCUAAUUUUCCUAUAUUUUUAAUAAUAAUACCCCCUCUCCAAUGUGGCUUGUAUUUUGCAAUCCCCACAAAUUUCAAAAGGCUGGGAUCUUUAUUGUGCUGUAGGAAAUGUGCAGAUACAGAGUGGUUUGUGUACCCCUUUUCAAUAUUGCGACAAUGUUCACUAAUUCGUAUUUUUAGUGGACGUAUAGUAUUGUAGUCCAUAAGGACAUUCUAGUAGAUAAAUCACAUUGUUGCUAUUGCACGUAAUAAUUUCAUUUAUAUUAAAAGUUUUUUUUUUUUUUAUUUGAUUUAAAAUUUAAAGUGCAUUUGUCCAUUUUAUGCGGUUUUUUUUACAUAUGAUACAUGUAUUACACCUAUAAAAACCUUUUAUUAAUAGUUAAAAAAAAAAUUUUUGCAUAUAUUUUUUGUAAGUUGUCAUUUUAGUUUGGGUGCACCUCUAAAUAUUAUAGUGGGUUUCUCAGGUAGAGAUUUAUUUAAUCUCAAUACUAAAUAAAGUUGUUCCUUAUAAGGUUGGGUCUAAAGAGGCAGAUAAAAAAAAAAAAAAAAAACCUUCUACAAAUGAUGCUUUAAAAAUAGUAUAUCUGUGUGAAUUCACCACAAUCUUUCUUUUUAGUUAAGGACAAUGAUACUUCUUCAAGAAUGACUCAUAAGAGGGCCUUCAGUGACGAGGUGAGCCAGUUAACCAUCCCUUCUGAACCAAGAAUUGUACAGGAUCUUAAGCCAAAGGGAAGUCCUAUCUCUAAGUCUUCUCUCUGCAUCAAUGGGAGCCAUGUGUACGCUGAAGUACCCCUUCCAAAGCCUUCGCCAAGUCCACUAGAGAAAUUUGCACCUGCGUCCAAGUCAUUUCAGAACAUCGUAAAGAAAACAGAAGAUCCUGCUGCCCAUGAAGGCCCUGGAGCAAAUUUAUCAGGGUCAGACAAACCGUCUCGAAAGCCAGAUGUGAAAACAAGUGUACCUACUACCAUAACCUUAGAAGAGGCAAAGACCCCUGCCAAAAUCGCUGUAGACCUUCCAAAAAAUGAGGAUGUCCGUCUGGAGUUUAAGCCCAUACAGAUUACCACACCACUGGUGUUUUCACAGAAUGUAUCUAGGAACAAAUCUCAAGAAAAUGUUGGAAAAGAAGAAAAGAAACCAAAGGUAAAUCUCUUCCACCAUGGGCCCGGCAAGAAUGAACCUAGUGACAAGAGCCUAGCUGAACAAACAGCCCAGGUGUCGGUGAAUACAGAGGAAAAAAGCAAGGCUGGUGGCUGGUUUGGUUCCAAAGACAACAAAGAUGCCGUACAGAAACCAAGGUUGGUAACUAAAUUUUUCUUUCUUUUAUUUGGAUCUAUAAAACAAGGCUGUCUUAAUAUUAAUUACUAAAAUACCACACUUUCUGAUGCACAUGCUCACAAAUCUGUAUUCCCACCUGUGCGCACAACCAUUCUAUGUCAGGUGAGGUAGCAUCCGGCAGCUCAAUUACUGCUCUGACCGGUCCGUUACCUAGCAACAGUUGCCAGGUGACUGAACAGACAGUCUGGUGAUUGAGCUGCUGACUGCUUCUACCUACAUCCGCGGUUCCACAUCAAGGCAGCAGACGUCAGAAAUGGCUUUGUUUAGCAACAGUAAUAUAAUUAUAUUCUGGAUUUAUUGAUGUUGGGUGUUUUUUGUUUAAACGUGAUUGCCAGAGUAAAUUUGGAACCAUUUUACAUUGUGUAGCGCUCCUCCAUAGGUAAUUUGUAAUAUUUAGUUUUUGUUGUGGAACGCCUCAAUUUUCGAAUUUCCUAAUAUGCCUUUCUUCAGUCAGGCGGUCAAGUUCAGCGGGCUGAGCUUGACUUCGGGGCCCAUUAACAGGCUUCUGCAGCGCUUGCUGAGUAAGAGCUUCCCAGGGGUGUAGGCAGACGUGGAGAUGUUCCUUGACAAGCUGUGGCUCAGAGAGUGCUUGUCUCACAGGCGGAUCGUGACGCAGGAAUCUGCGCCGCUGUAGGGGCUCCCGCCUCUGCCUGCUCACCAUCAACACUGCAACUUGACCAGCUGAUCGUGGUACGGCUGUGCUGUGCGUUGGGCCAGGCUGGGGUGAUGUUGCAGAGAGCGGUCUCAGUGAUUGCCGCCGGAGUUGGACCACCGUAAGCCGAGAGCUCCUCUUGGUUUUUUGAGAGCGUCGGGCUGGGUUCAGCUCCAGUAGGACCUCACACCUGUAGGGCAGUCGAGUAGCCUCUGUUGCAACCUGGCUCUCCAGGGAGGUAAGCUGGAGUGAAUGGCUUUGUAAGCAGAGCCAAAAGUCUUGACAGACCUCGAAUUUAGCCUCAAAGGUCUCCCUCCAGACCAGGUUGUAGCGUGUCCGCCAUCUUAGGUAACCAUGGGGAAACAAGGCUGCACAGACUUUUCUUCUUUUUUUUUUUUUUUUAACAGGCUUAUGCCCAGAGUCGAGACAUUGCCUGCCUCCCCCAUCCCCUGGACAGUCUGCUUCAGUAUGAAGCAAGAUCUGGGCACCCAGAUUCAGGCUUAGUCUGUAGCAGUGUUUAGUAAGGGUGAUCCCCAAGUAGCCUAGGGUUGUAUCCAGCUGGAUUAACCAAGGUAUUUCCACAAUUUUAGUUUAAGUUGGCAGGAGCUAACAGAAUACAUGUCAGGCCCCACCCCCUUUUUUUUUUUUGUUCUGUUUUGAUCUCCAAUAAAUGUUUUGCCUUCACCCUACAUUGACGCCUGUGGAACUGUAUUUCUUCGACAGAAAAUGGCAGACAAUUCAGAUAGGUCACGGCAUGUUCGCACCAAUGGCAAAUAGUUUUCAAAGAUUUCCAAAACACUGCGUUUAGCAUACACUGAUACAUUAAUACAUCCAGACGCUCAGUGACCCACAGCUCAGAUGCACCCCUGCUUCCAUACACACCAUUCCAUGAAACGUUUGUUAACAUUUGAUCUCUAUGGGUAAGCAAGUGGUAAGAACCUCCUGGCACCAUAACAUUCAAGUUAACUGGUCCUACUUAAGAUUUGUACUUGCCGCUGCUGCAUUAUUUACACUAGUACAUACUACAAUGGUUUUACUGGGGGUGUAGGAACAAGUAACUCUCCCUUACCUGGAAGUGACAGCUGGCUAUGUAGACUUGGGUUAUUGUCAAUCCCUGCAGCAGUAAUGCCUCCAUAGUAAAUGUGUGUUCAGGGCCAUGAAAUAUUGCAGGCAGGGGGUCGGUGUCCUGUCAUUGAUUAUUCAUCUGUAAUCUGCUUUUAAAUAAUAUUUCAUUACUAUGUUCAAAGUUCUACUAACCAAUGUUUUUGUUGGGGUUUUUAUUUUCAUCUGCCGUGGCACACUACUGUAUCGAGAAUGGAAAACGGAAAUCUCAAAUUAAAAUGUAGCCUAAGCUAGUCAAGAUGUAGCUAUAGCUGAAUUAAAGAAUAUCAAAUCAUCAUUUUGCCUAAAUUUGGACAGUUUGGUUUUCUAUUUACUUCAAUUCUGUAUUUAGUUAGUUAAAGGCACACUAUAACCACUUUAAUGAGAUGAAGCAGAUGCUUUUUAAUAUAUAUAUAUAUUUAUUUUUUUUACAUUCUUUAUUUUGGUUUGAGUGGUAGACAGGGACAUAUACAGUGGUAUUCAACAAAAUAUAAGCAGUAGUAUGACAAUAGUAGAAUCAGAGUUGGCAACAUUAGUGAGACACAGGUUCCGCUAGGUACUCUGGCCCCUGUUUGGGGCCAAGUGCAUGGAGGUUGCUAGCCGUUGAAUGCGGUUGGGGAGCCCCAGUCUCGUCUGUGGUAUAUCACCGGGAGUCCUCAGUUUCAUGUGUCCACCUGCUGUCAGCGGGGGUCAUAAGUCAUCUGUAUGAUGUCCACCCCUCAAGUAUUUUAUCGGUCAGGUGAAGACCUGUCCGGAGAGAUUGUAUGAGAGAAGAAGGAAGGGCAGGGGUUAGGUUAAAGAAGGAAGAGGAAGGGGUAGGAAAGUGGGUGAGGGAUUUGAGUUCAGCACAGAACUGGCUCAGCCAGGAGGGCAGAGGCAAGGGACGGUGCCCAGGCACCCCUCCUCCCUUCCCCGGGACCAUCCAGGCCUUAGCAGUGGUCAAGUCAGGUUGUCCCAUCAAGGUAGACCUCCCACGGCUCCCAGACCUUCCUGAAGGUUUUUAGUGUGCCCUGGACUUGGGCGGUUAGCUUAUGUAUUAAAUAUGUGUCUUUUUUUAGUUUUAAGGUGACCAGGUCAAUGGAUGGAUCUUGGAUCCCAGCCAGGAUUGAGCUAUGGCUCUUCGAGCAGCCAGUGCGAUUUCGUGGCUUUUUUAAUAUUUUAAUGCUAAAAUAAGUGUCCAAGAAACCAACCCCUCUGUGUUGUUUAGUCUAAUGAGGAAACAUAAACUUGAGCGGCAGUGGGUGACCGUGCCCAUGCCUGGUAUAAAUAGGUAUGGCUAAAUGGAAGUGUGUAAUCUAGGCCUGAACAUCCAGUAGGCACCAGGCUGUGGGUGGUACUCACCAUAAAAUCCAUUAAACCAGUAGGCUCAUUCCGUUAGGGACUUCACUCCACUAUUUUGCACCACUUUUUAGAACCGAGCAAUUUAAUAAAAAUCUCUCAGUGGGUCAUAAACAAAUGAUGUUUAUGGAAAAAAAUGUUCAGUCCUGGCUAGUAAGUGAUGGUUUCAAAAGUUUAACCCUGUAGUGAGGAUUUUGUAUAUUAAGAAUAGGAUGCUGACUUUUUUUUAUUCUGGUCGGUUAUUUAGACUGCAUCUUCCAUAUGUGGACCUGGUGAUGUAUUUUUGAUCAGGAAUCUGGAAGGAUGCUGCUAGAGUUUGUAAUGAAUGCCAAGCGGCAUAGGGUCAAUGAAUGAAAUAUCUGUUUUCAGUCCUAGUUUAGUAGUAAUAAAAAAAGGAAGUGAAAACUCUCAACUCUAUUUGUGCCACUGUGUGUGCUUCACAUGGAGAACUUUGAUUAAAGUGUGCACUCGUGUAGAACUAUAUUAAACGGACACUCCUCGCACCCUCUGGGCUCUACCUCCAACAUAGCUAAAGUACAUUUGAUGGAUUUGGCCUAUUUGUGUCGUGUUUUGUGCCCUGUUCAAACCUUUUACUUUGGUUAAAAAAAAUUGCAGCUUUUUUUUCAGUAUAAUUAGACAUUCUCAGUUAAUGUAAGAUCAGUGUGAUCGGAUGUGCUGACAUUACUCCACCCCUUAGCACGGCGCUGCUGUACUAUACAGGUAGGAGGAUAGUGACUGGAUGUGGGAUCGAAGUCAAGUCAGCGGCUCGGCUCACACUGAUCUUUGACUGUUAGUUUAGCUUCCAAUCAGGGAUAUGGGGGUGUGGCUAGGUGGGCAGGGUUAAAUUGCAGAAAGCACAAAACCUUUUUGUUUAAAGUAGUAGUGUGUAGAUUUGAUGACACAGUAUCAAUGGUAGUGGAAGCUCUGCUCACUAGACUUCCUUUUUAUUUUGCAGUAGGUUGAGGGCCUUAUUUUUUUUUUUUUUUGGUUAUGUGUGAAAAGUUUGACGGUUGAAGAGCGUAGUAGUGGUUAGGAUGCCAGGAGUACCCUGACAUAAUUUUGGUAAUGUGGCUAUAGCGGAGCUUCCAUAUCCUGACUGAAUAUCCCUGCUGGAUUCCCCUUGUAGCUGGAAGAAGAGCUGUUUAGUAAUGAUCCCUUUCCCCAUUAAACAGACGAUACAUGAUUCUGGGAGCACACUCUUUUUCUACACGACCCCCAGCAUGGGGUCUCUAUUCAAGAGCGUGAUCCCACCCUGGUGCCUCGGUGUCUGGGAGAUGAUUGUUAGCCCUCGCUUACACUAAUUAUCUCCCGGAUACAGAGAACACCACACAAAAUACCCCAAAAAAACAAGCCGGAACCCCAACACAUUCCACAUCCCCGGAUAGCUCUGGUCCAAGUGCCCAGGUUGGCAAAAUAGUGCUCGGAUCCAUGAAGAACAGACCAAUUGCCAUCAGGGUAAAAAUUGGACUGGCUGCUAGCAUGGUACAUGUAAUGUUUCCCUCAUUAUGAUGGUAAGAUCAACUAAACAAUUGUGGACAAUAAAUACUAUCUGUUCAAAGGUUAAUUCUACCUUAUAUUGUAUAGUUUAGUCCAACAUGUGCAAUUAAUAGAUGGAGAUCACCCCAAGUUUUAUUGAUGGACUCAAUUUGUUGAUAUAAAACCUAAAAUCAGUGGGCUAACAAAGUCAAACUUUUAUAAUAAAAAUCUGGCAUGAGCAAGAGACUCAAAGAAUUGAGUUAGAAUGAAUAUUCAAAUAGAGAUGCUAAAUAUAGCUUAGAAUUUAAAUAAACUGGGUGAACGAGAAACCUUCAUUUAGACCUUUUGGUCUUAUCUCUGGCGUAAGUAUGUCAUAAUCUCCCUUUCGCUGUGUUUUUGUUUGUUUUUUUUGUUUUUUUUUCAGCUCAAUACCACAAAAGCGGUGUCCUUUUGAGUCACCCCUAUGUUAUUCUUUGAGAUGUCGGGAGAUGGGGGUCUGUUAGAUUUCUAACCAUCUUAUGUGUUAUUUUAUCCUUUAUUUAAAAGGACUGAAAGUAUUCCCUACAUACAUCUUCCCACAGUCACGUGAUGGGGUAUACCAGCCAUGUUGCAGUUGAAAAAGGAUUCUAUCUUAUAACUUUGCUGGUCUUCACUAUCCUUUAUAAACUUCAAAUCACGUUUGAUGUGUUUGCAGACCACACAUCUCCUGCAUCUAUAUGUUCCCACGGGGGGGCUUUUUAACCAUGUAUCCAAAUUUGUCUUUCUUUCUGGUCUACAGUGGCUGGGGACAAGCAUGUUCUGUAGGUUCUUACCUCUACAGGCCGUAAAGCUCACCUUCUGAUUUACAACUUUAAGGUGUUAGUCAAUUAUCAGAAUGGGCCAGAACCUUUCACAUGUUCUCUCUCAUUAUGUCACAGCCAGCUUCAUAUGAGGCGAUCAUUCUAACUACCUUGUUUGUAUCAAAAGAGUGACGAUUACCCAAAAGGUCAUUCCGAUCGGCCUCCAGUGCCCUUCUAUAUGCAUUUGUUGGGAUAGCCUUUUUCACGGAAUGCCACACCUCAGGGGUUUCGGAUGGAAGCUAUCCCAACGUAGAAGGCCAUUGGAGGCCAAUGGUUUUCUUAAUAGUGGUUUGAAUUGAGCCAUCUUCCAUGAUAGAAAUGGAAAUGUCUGUGAAGUUUAAAGUUGAGACUACAAAUUCUGAGGGGAAUCUAAGAUUCUCAUCAUUUUGAUUGAGAUGUACAAAUUUGUUGAACUAUUCUAGUGUGUGUGCCACACAAUUAUGAUGAUGCUAAUGUAUCAACGCCACCAUAAGAUGUUUUUGAUGAAUUCCUGUAAGGCCUCCAGAUGUAGGAUAUGUUCUUCCCACCAACCCAGAUGAAAGUUCGCAUAGGAUGGGGCAUAAGCAGUCCCCAUUGCACUCCCCCUUCAUCUGGUGGUAAAAUUUGCCAUUAAACAGGAAGUAAUUGUGUGACAGGAAUAACCCAGGGAGACUCAACACAAACUUUGUGUGAGGCUCAUGGCUCACAUCUUUUUGAGAGAGAGUACUUAACAUGGUCAAUGCCCUGAUCAUGUGGUAUAGAGGAGUAUAACGACUCCACGUCUAAACUGCACAAACUGGCUGUCCCAGGAACCUUUAGAUUUGAAAGGAGGGUCAGGGCCUGUUUUGUGUCCUGGAUGUAGCACGGAAAAUGCUCCACAAAUGGUCUAAGAAUGUAAUUGAUGUGUAUAUACUUCCAUUUUGUGUCAAAUGGCCCACUCUGGGCACAAUGGGGUGACCUGAGGGUUCAGAUAAGCUUUUAUGGACUUUUGGCAGGCAGUAGAAGGUUAUCAUCUGGGUGCGAGUGUAGAUGAGUUCGUAUUCAUCCCGUAAUAGCAACCCUCCACUGCGGCCUUGGUCCAAAAUGAAUUUUACUUUUCAGGAAGUCAUUACUUGGGUCUUUUUAUAGGGAUCUGUAUCCUCUAGUACAGGGGUUCCCAACGUGUCUUACGCGUACCCCCAGGGGUACAAACCAGUAUCACUGUGGGUACGCAAAGAGCCGCCUGGCACAAGUUGGGAACCUGAAUAAAUGGUCCAUCGGGUGACCAAUGUACUCAGGGCCACCCGGUGGACAUGUGCCGUGAGGUGCCCCGUCGGGUGCUGCUGGAGCGCUGGGAGGAAGUCUCUGGCCCCCUCUCACUCCCUCCCAGCUGAAACAGACUCUGCCACAAAGAGGGGAGGCGGGACCGCAAGCUAGUAGUGCCUGCUUCCACCCGUCCACAAUGUGUUAACUUCUCCCCCUUACUGACAUAACCCCACCCCUGCUGCUAUAACCCCACCAGUGAAAUGCAUAGUUCCGCCUCCGCUGGUAUAGCCCCGCCCGAUUCGCCCACCAGAAGAGGAGGAAGCUCUGAACUCCCAUCAACCCCAGCAAGCAGAAGCUACCCUCCUGCUCCCAUAAGGUAGGAAACUGGAGGCUGACUACAAUGUUCACGUGUGUUUAGAGUGUCCUGUUUCUGUACGUAUGUAGUGUGUGUUUGUAUGUGUGUAUCUGUCUGUAAAUCUGUAUGUGUGUGUCAGUGUUUGUAUUUGUAUAUCAGAAUGUGUGUAUAUGUGCAUCUGUAUGCGUCAGUAUGUGUAUCUGUAUAGGUGUCAGUGUUCACAGCUGAAUGUCUGUACAUCUGUGUGAGUAUAAGUGUCUGUAUCUCUGUGUGUGGCUGUGUAUCGGCAUGUGUGCAUCUGUCUGUAUCUGUCAGUCUUUGCAUCUGUGUCUGUAUCUGUGUCUGUAUCUGUGUCUGUAUCUGUGUCUGUAUCUGUGUCUGUAUCUGUGUCUGCAUCUGUGUCUGUGUUUGCAUCAGUGUGUUUGUGCAACUGUGAGUUUGUGCGUCUGCAUGCGUGUCUUUAUCUGUGUCCCUGUUUGUGUGUCUGUAUUUGUAUGUGUAAAUGUGUGAGUGCCAUUGCUUGGAUCUGUCUAUACAUCUAUAUGUAUGUCAGUGUUUGUAUCUGUGUGCCCCUGUGUUCUAAACGCUAAUUUUAACUCCUUAACAACUACCGCUUUAUAUUUAAACACAUGAGGAACUGCCUCGAAGCAGUAAGAGGGGUGGCAUAUUAUUAUUAGGGGUAUAGAAAUUAUCUUUAGAAUAUAGAGGCAGGGAAUACUUCAUAUCUGUAUUAUCUACACUUUAAUGUUGCCUUUUUCUAAACUUUAAAGCAGGGGUCCACAAACUCCGGCCCCCAUCAGAUGUUGAUGAACUACAACUCCCAUGAUUCUCUGGCUAUCUAUGUAAUUCAAAGAAUCAUGGAAGUUGUAGUUCAGCAACAUCUGGGGGGCCGGAGUUUGAGCUUUUAAAGUAUCACUAUAGGGUCAGGAAUACAAACUUGGAUUGGCUAAAAUCGGCAAGGUGACGGGGCCAAACACAGUUUUGGCCAAUCAGCACCUCCUCCUAGAGAUGCAUUGAAUCAAUGCAUCCCUAUGAGGAAAAUUCAGCGUCUCCAUGCUGAGCGUGGGGACGCUGAACAGCAGGACUGCUUACUGUGCAGCCCUGAGCCAGGAAGCCCCUCCAGUGGCCAUCUAAGAAGUGGCCACCUGGAGGUGUCCCCUAGGGCAAUGUAAACUGAAAAGGCAGUGUUUGCGUAAAAAUGCCUUGAAGGGAGCUGUUAUACUCACCAGAACAACUAUAUUAAGCUGUAGUUGUUCGGGUGACUAUAGUGUCCCUUUAAUUCUUACUGCAAUACUACUUCCUGUUUUGUAUUCAAACAUUAGCAUUUGGUAUGAAAGCACUUUCUAGAAAUCGGUGUACCCAGUUACUUGUCCCUUUUUACAAUUUUAUAUGUGAGUUCUAAGUGAUAUUUCCUAGUUUCACUGAUUGAGCUUGGUUACAUAACAUCACAUUUUUGUAACAUCUAAUUAAUUAUACUAGGUGACUACCACGUCUCAUUCUCAUAUAGGAGAUUUAUUCAUAUCCUCUCCUUCCUCCCUUUGUUCCUAGUUUACUUCCAAUAAAGGAAUACUUUUAGUAUUUAUAAUACAGCUACUCUCUAUAUAUCGCUCUAAAUCAUAUCUCCUAAUUCAAUAGGUAUAGUCUGCUAACCACAGUAGCUUUUUCACACAAUCACAUUUGUAGAGCACACUAUUUUUGGUGGGUUUAUAUAGGUUUUAUUUCAAUUUAUAAAGUUUGCAUUUUACAUUGCCAUUAAUCUAACUUUAAAACAUAUAUAUACUACUAAUGAAAACAUGCAUGUGUUUAACUAUUCAUUGGGAGUUAUAUCUAAAAACCGCUUGCAAAAGCGGACAGUCAGGGGUUGUAACAAGAUUAAUUUAUAAAAGUCCUGAUUUCUGUUGAAACCUGUAUCUUUUUUUUGUAAAAUCUAAAAAAAGCCACUCUUCACAUAUAAAGUAAUUCAGUAAGCUAAACAACUUAAAGGCGCACUAUAGGGUCAGGAACACAAACUUGUAUUCCUGACCCUAUAGGGUUAAAACCCACCAUCUAGCCCCCCUGUGCCCCUCAUGCCUCCCUAAGUAUAGUAAAAUCUUACUUGCAUUCAAGCCUGAAUCUGCUGUCUUUGUCCUUGUUUCCUUUAGACCUGCCCACUGCCUGCUGACAUCAUCAGAAGUGGUAGCCUGAUCCAAUCACAAUGCUUCCCCAUAGGAUUGGUUGAGACUGACAAAGUCUCAAUGAAUCUCUAUGAGGAAAGUUCAGUGUCUGCAUGCAGAGGAAGGAGACACUGAAUGUUUGGAUGCAUUUUAGGCAGCCAUGACCCAGGAAGGAUCUCUAACAGCCAUCUGAGGAGUGGCCAGUGAAGUUAUCACUAGGCUGUAAUGUAAACACGGCAUUUUCUCUAAAAAGACAGUGUUUACAGCAAAAAGCCUGAAGGUAAUGCUUCUACUCACCAGAACAAAUUCAAUAAGCUGUAGUUGUUCUGGUGACUAUAGUGUCCCUUUAAGCUUAAUGAAUCAGUUUUAUUGUAUUCACUGUUGGUGGUCCAUGAGGACUGGGUUGAGGGCCACUGGAUAGAUCAUGCCCCUACAGUAUCACUGCUCAAUUCUCUGCCAUUUUGGAAGUAAAUCACUGUUUCUGUCCAUGCAGCUUUAGCCGCACCUCCCCUGACUGUGACUGACACAGCCUGCAUGGAGAAAAAUGGUUUCAUUUUCAAUCAAAUGUUGUAAAUUACACUUUAGUUGCACACAGGAAGCUCCUGCAGGUUCUAGCCUACUAACAGAGCAGGAGAUGGGAAAUGCCAAAUUAAACCACAUUUGCAGUAAAGGGAGUUUAAACAUUUGAUCUCUCUUUGCAGGAAGUGUUUAGGAAGACUGUGUAAGGUAUGGCUAGAGCUGCAUAAACAGUGAUUUAACUCCUAAAUGGCAGAGAAUUGAGCAGUGAGACUGUAGAGGCAUGACCUAUACAUUGAAACUGCCUCAUUAAGAUAAACUUGUUUUGGUGACUAUAGUUGUUCUGAUUUUGAAAAUUUAACUAUGGCGUUCAGGCAGAAUGGUGUGUGUAGAAAGGGGGAGUUGGAAGGCAUUUACUUAAGUAAUUUACGGAAAGGUUUAUCCACAAACAAUGUAAUCUGUUCUAGUGAAAUAUACCAAUAUGUGGACUUUAUGCCUUCACUUUAUUUUAUUCCCUGUGUCAUUAAUGUAAUGUAUAUGAAAUUUAUUUUUAUUUUCUAUCUAGAAUUGUUAGUAUGAGUAUAAUAGUUAUAUUCGUGUGUAUAUAUGUCUUUCUAAAAAGCCUUUUUCACCCACUCGAUAUAAACCUGUCACCUAUGGUCUUCCUGUACUUCCAAUAGAUCUAAAUGUAUGUAUGUGUAUAUAACAUAGAAAAUGCACUUUGGCACUAACCUGGAGGACUAUUUUGUCUUCCCUCCACAGCCUGGAUGUGUCUCCUCAGGUAGAAACCAGCUCCUCUGCUUCCUCCAGCUUCACCCCUGGCUCCCCUUCCACCUCCUCCCCUCCCUCUGUGGUAGCUGGUCUUAUUUGCAUGCCUUCUACUAACCAUAGUGCAGCUUCCUAUAGUGGUGUCUGUGGGAACCUACCUGCCAACAACCCAUUUCUCAACUCACUACAAAACAACCCUUUCUUUGAGGAUCUUCUCUCAGACCAAUUACUAAAUGCUUCUUCACCUACUCGCUUUUUCUCUAGUUUCCCUUCUGGGUCUAUUGCUGCUUCAGAAGCUGCUGGAUGGGGGUCUUCUCUUGUGGAGGAACACAGUCUGCUGGCCUUUUCUCCUUCUGCUGAAGAUCAAAAGGUGCCUUCAAACCAAAGUGAUCAUGGGGAUGUCUUACUUGAAGCUCACAAACCCAAGUUUACUACAAGCUCCAUUUCUGAACCCAUCACCUCUGAGUGGGAGGAACAGUUCGAUGCCUUUGCUUCCAGCCGUCUUCAACCUGUUGCAGAUAAUCUGAGACAGCUGGAAACUAAAAUACUGCAUUAUAAUGACUCUAUUAAUUCUCCCUUGCACUCUGGGUUUUCCAUUGAGGGAAUGGGCAUCCUUGCUGAUAAGUCUAAGACCUCUGAAGAAUCUGAACAUGGUGUCAAUAUCUCAUCUGGUAUAUGUAAAAGUAACCUUGGUGUGCAAGUAUUGGAGACACAUUGGCCAGUUAAUUUUUCACAGACUGGAGAACCGAAGAAUGAUGACCGUUCUCCUUUUCUCACAAGUGAUUACAAGCCACACAUUCCUGCAGUUGAGUCCUCGAGAAUCAGGACACCUGAUAAUAUAUUCAUACAUCAUCACAGUAAUGUCAAGUCUUUCUCCGAUAAACCAACUGAAGGAAUAGAGUCUAAUAAUACAUCUGGAUUAUGGCAUUUAGAUGAGACUGUUUCUGUCACAGAAUUAUCUGUAUCUAACUCCACUUCUCAAAAACCCAUAUCCCACAGUACUUAUGCUAUUGAUAAAAAACUAGCUGUGGGUUCUGAAAUAAGGGAGGAUGACACAUUACAGAAAUCUGUAGAAAGUAUUCGCAAUAUAAACAGGAUAGCUGCAGUCCCUCCAUUCUUAUCUGGUGUCUGUGAUGUGGCCAGAGUUCCAUAUUUCUCUAGUAGCACACUGCAGGAUCAUCAGUCUUCAAGCCAAAGCAGACUCUCUAAUAAUACCUCAACAGAUACAAAUCAAGUAGUUGGAGACAAUAGUGUGCACAUAUUAGAGACAUUGCAGUACCCCUUGGCAACUGCAGAGGGGGCUCAUAGUGAGCCAAUUUCCUAUAGGCUGGGUACAGGUUCUAAUGAAGAAAUCAUAACUAAUGAACAGGCUAUAGUGGGUGAUCGGGUUAAUGAGCCAGAAGCUAGGGUGCAGGUUUUAAGUGAACCUGUGGGGUUCAUGGUGCCACCUAAGCCUCCACGGCUGCUGUCACCAACACAUGAAUGGAAAGAGCCUAAUGGCGAUAAUUACAAACAAACAAGUAAUCAAGACGUGAGUGCAAAACAAACACAGAGCCCAGAGGAAAAAAUGCUAGAGCAAAACAAUGGGGUGGGCAAACAGACUGUCUCUCCAGUGGCAUGUUGUCCUGUAAUUGAAGUUAUAAGCCCAGUGCAGUCUAUUGGUGAGGACACCCAAUCCACCACUGAGGGCCUUUUGGCUAAUUUAAAAGAAGGAAAUAAUGAACUAACAAAGCUGGGUGCCACUAAUGGGGAACACCUGUUAGAUGUAAAUGAGUCGACAUUGGCUGAGCAAUUCCGGACUUGCCCUUCAAAAGUCUCACUAGACGUAUUAGACCUGUCUAGUGCUGAGAAAAGCUCAAAUAAAUUGGAUGUUUUGAAAUAUGGCCCAGGCACCAAGUUAAUUAACCAUGAGUCAUCUACAGCACUUACUAAUCCGGGUGACAGUAAGCCUGAGAGUGAGAAAUUCUCACAUCUACUGACUGUGUCCAAAGAGGAAAAAGACCAUGUGAAAGAACGCUCAGGUUCUUCUCAUAAGGUUGACAAUUCUGGGCUCUUUUGGUCUGCUCUAGAGGAGCCGCUACAUAACGUAGCUGACCAUGGUAACGUCAUACAGAAUACAGAAGUUACACCGUGUGAUAAUGUAUUGCCAGAAUGUGAAGGUAUAACUAACAGAGACAAAAAUUUUAGAAAUAUGAAGGAGUCCAAAUCCAACCUUAAAAUUCCAAGGUUGGAUGUUGCUAGCAAGCCACAACCUGACUUUGUAGAUCCCGUAUCGCAACUAAGCAGAAAAGAAUUGACAACAGAAAGCCAAUCUGGUCUUUCUUUGAGCCACUUGUCUAGCUGGUCAGCAGAUAUAGUUGUGGACUUUAAGAAUGAAGGUUUUUGGAAGUCAGAGUCCGACCUCUUAGAGGAUGCGGACGAAAAAAGUGUACCUUCACCUGGCAAUCCAUUUACAUCUACUGAGAAAACUCCACCAAUCCUGAGCCACAAAAACCCUUUUAUUGAGCAUCCACAAAGUGAUCAAAGUACUGAAACUUCAUUGCAGGAAGAUUUGAGUUUCAAAGACCUUCAUGUGCAAGCAGCGUUUAGAGAUCUCCCACCCACUACCCUCCCUUCUAAAAUGAAAAUUCCCUCCUUGCAUGACCGCCAACCACUGGCAUUCUCUACUCCCUCCCUGGUUGCCACACAAAAUCCUAAGUUAUCCAACUUCCCUUCUCCAAUUAUAUCUCCUACAAUCUCUGGGUUCACCAGUGUGAAGAGUACUCAUGCAGCAGCUCUUGCCUGUUUCCAAUCUCCUCCUACCAGCUGUGUGGUGAAAACCAGCGCACUCUCCGUUCUGCCUCAGGAGACACUGCCGGCUGAAAAUCCAUUAAUGCCACUGAGAACCAGGUGAGAACGGUGUGAAAGGCAUGGUAUGUUUAUGCAAUUAUAUAAUCAAGAUGUGGAUGUCUUCGUGGUGGUAGACCUUUUUCACUCUGCUGAUUACUUUUUACCAAUAUGUAUUGUGUAAGUGGCGCAUAGACUUGAAAACCUAAUGAGUUUAAGUCCCUUAACAAACUAUUCAGUAACUAAUAAUCAUUAUUGGUGAUAUCCCUUCAAGUUAAGCAGCAUUGCAGAGCCAUCCAUUAUUUUACUUUUUUAUAUAUAUAAUUUUAUUUUAUUUAUAUAUAUUAUUUUUUUGUCCUGCAAUGCAAUACAUGAUUUGUAGGUGCAGCUGUGCUAUGAGAAGCAUUUGAUUGGACGAGGUGGAUGUUGAUUGCUGCGCAUGCACUUCUUGCUUGCUACCCCCAGUGCUUCUCGAUGGUGUCCUGAUCUCUGCCUCACCAUGCCUGGCUGUUUAGCAGACCUAUCCGAGAUCCUAAAACACACAAUAUUUACAUUACAUACAAGCAGUCCUUCGUACAUUGCAUUUCUACUUAGAAUAACUGAAUAAGGCUAGCAGCCCUUAAUGUAUACACAGCCAUUGGGGCCUGAUGGAGAGGUCCAACCAUGACAACAGGGAGCAGAGCGACUGCACAUCAAAAUAAAGAAUUUUAAAACUAAGUUACACAUGGUAAACCUGAGUAGGUGUGUCUCGAACAGGAAAGUCAGGCUGGCAAUGUCACCACAGCACAGACCAGGGCUUUGAGGAGCCCAGCAGGCUGUCUCUCAUGGUGCCGGUUUGUGCAUUGGCAUUAGAUAAGAGUGACCCAGAGAUCAUUGUUAAUAAUAUAUAUUAUUGACAGGGACUUCAGGGGCACUUAUAGCUAUUGCUGUUCUAUAGAAUGGAUACUCAAAAUGCACUAUAUAUGCAUACUAGCGCUCAGGUUUGAAAUGUCAAUUAAAUGUUAAUUUGGUUAAACAGAAGAAAAAAGGGGGGGGGGGGAGGCAUUACAUUCUGCUUGGAACAAAAAAGAAAGCAAUCUAGAAUCUGUAGUGCCCUAAAAUCUUUGCUAAUCUAUUCUUGUGAAAUAAAAUUAUUAUUAAAAAAAAAAAAAAAAAGGACGAGGCUUUUACUAAAAGCAAAUUAAUAUUCUCAAAUCCUUUAAUGAAUACAGCAAUAUUUCCAAAUGUAAAUAUCAUGUAAAGUAGCUAAAUUGGGAAGCCUUUAAAUAUUAGCCUUGUACUUGACAUGUGACCAGAUUCAUUUCUCUAGUAUUCAACCCCAAUGUAUGAACAAACAUAAAAUACCUCUACUACAUUCCAUACACCAAUGUAAAUUUUGUGGGGUUUUCACUCUCAUUUUAUUUUUGUUUUACUACUGCUUACCCUCACCCACUCAAAGUGCUGUUAAUCCACACAUGUAGACCUUUUCUGGAUAUUGACAUGUUAUGUGCUUAAAGGGACACUAUAGUCACCAAAACAACUUUAUCUUAAUGAAGCAGUUUUGGUGUAUAGACCAUGCCCCUGCAGUCUCAUUGCUCAAUUCUCUGCCAUUUAGGAGGUAAAUCACUUUGUUUAUGCAGCCCUAGUCACAUCUCGCUGCAUGUGACUUGCACAGCCUUCCUAAAUACUUCCUGUAAAAAUAGUUUUAAUGUUUAUACUGCAUUUAUUGCAAAUGUGGUUUAAUUUAGAAUUUCUUAUCUCCUGUCCGGUUAAUAGCCUGCUAGACCAUGCAGGAGUCUCCUGUAUGUCGUUAUAGCUCAAUAUACAGAGCAAAAGAUAAAAAGGUUUUAAAGUAAGUUACAUCUGAUUUUAAAUGAGACCGUUGUGAGUCACAACCAGGUGAGGUGCGGCUAGAGCUGCAUAAACAGAAACAAAAGCGAUUUAUGUCCUAAAUGCAGAGUCCUAAUCUAUACAUAAAAAUUGCUUCAUUAAGCUGAAGUUUGUUUGGUUUCUAUAGUGUUCCUUUAAAUUACAGACGCCCAUAUCCCUUUACAAAACAGAAGCCCCCUGGCUUUACUCUACCCCCAUCAUGGCGUAUAGUUUGCAAAAGACAGCUUGAGCUUAUUAAUGAGACAUUUUGAGUCUUUUCACUUGUCGUGUCAUCAACAAUUUCUUUUAAACUUGGCAUUUCACAGGCAUUGUUCAUUGUAACGCAGUCCAGCAAUGGAAAGUACAAUCUAGGCAUGGACCAGACACCGAGAUUACCUGUAGCUCAGCACUAUGAGUGGAUAAGCAUUGGAGCUCUGUGAAAGCAGAGGCCAUUAAAGUGUGCGCUCACGUGCCGAUUUAAAAAGACACUGUAUAGUUUAAUCCAACUCGUAACCAUUCAUCUUCUUGCUUUCAGCUCACCGUGACUCUGCCGAGGCCUGGGAGGUCUGGCUUAAUGUUGGCAAAUUUAAAACCGUUUCCAAACUUGGCUAUAUGGGCUUAAAAUGUCAAUUCUUCCCAGUUCAUAGUUUCAGAAAUAAUCCUCCUUUAGUAAAUAUGUGAAAUCAUACAAUUCUCAGAACCUAAAUCUGACUUUAAAAUUAUAGCGAUAUCAAUUAAACCUUUCAGUAAAUAAAUUGCAUUGUAAUCUAAAUUAGGGAAUACAUAUAUUCUGUUUUGAAUAGGUUAUACCCGUGUAGAUGUGUAUGAUUUUGAUAAACACCUCACAUGUAGAAAAAGAUCUCCAUUUAGCUUUGUUUUCUAAUUUGCUUACUGAGAGACUGUGUUGUCCAGCACACCAAGAUAACUUCUAUACCAGCAAGUCUUAACAUGUAAGCUACCGAGUUUGCCUCGUUUUCUGUACUGAAUCUCCCUUGGGAGUGUCUUGUUUCUUUGAGGAAAAUGCUUGUCAGGUUUUUCUGAGCAGCAUUUGCAACAUAAGUCAUUGAUGUCAUCAGUUAAUGUGUUUUAGAAGUAUUUGAUCUGAUUGUGUGAUUAAGGGGUGUCCCAAAUGGACUGGAUCUUAGAACGGUGGUUUUGUACCAAGACACACUUUAGUGGGCGAAAAUGUUUAACUUUUUCCUAAAUUAGCAGGUUUUACAUGUCACAAUUAGAGCCCCGCUAUAGAUGCAUAUUUCUAGCUACACUGACUUGCUAUCCCUUCUUAAGCCCUAGAAAAAUAUGCAUGCCAGCCCCAUACGUCAUUGUGCCGUGUUUGUGUAUGUGAAUUUUAUGUUUAUACUCCAUCAUCUGGGGUUGCAAAAUCUUUGAUUUGAAAAUGUUCUAAUAAUUUAUGACUGACACAAGCUCAUUAAAACGCAUGCUUACAGACGGUCACAUAAGUUCACUGAAAUAAAAAUACAAGCUCACAGACAGGCAAUCUCACUGACGCGCGCGCGCACACACACAAACUUAGUACAGGCAAACUCAUUAGUAUACAAACAGAAGCUUACUACAGAAAAGCUUACUGUCAAACACACACUACAGACAAGCUCACUAACACACAUGCUCACUUUAGAUAAUAUCACGGACACACAAGCUCACUACAGAUCUGCUCACUGAUACACAUGCUCAUUACAGACAAGCUCACUGUCACGCUCACUAUGGUCAAGCUCACUGCCACACACACGCUUAUAUGUCUAGCACACCAUAUAUAUCUAGCACACACACGCUUAUUAAGGUCACGCUCACUAUGGUCAAGCUCAUUGCCACACACGCUCACUGCCACACACACACACACACACACAUGCUUAAUAGAGACAAGCUCAGUCACUAGUAGGCGCAUACACACCAUACCACUGUCAUGGGCUUAGCCCUACCUGGCACUGAAGGCUCUGGGAGCACUGUGGGGGAAGUUGUCUCUCUCUGGCCUCUUCCCCUCAGCGAGGUCAGCAGCUUGCAUGCAGCCUGAAUUGCUGUAAAUUGGGGGCCCCCAGCACCUCCCUCCUUAAUUUCCUCGGACUGACACAGGCUGUCCAAGUCUGAAGGUAAAAUAAUUUAUAGCUUUAACCUAAUAUUUAGGGCUGUCAGUCUGGCCUUGACAGUUACACAGUACUUGCCUUUUUCCAACUGCUUCCUCUUCUCUUCCUCUUUGUUGCCAUCGGGGGUCUUUGCGAAUUUUGCAAAGUUUCCAGACUGUGAUAGUGCCACUUUAGAGACUGUAUAGGCACCCAGACCACUUAAUCUCAAUGAAGGUGUCUGUGUGUCUGUUUAACCCCGGAAAUGAAAAACGUGGCAUUUUGCAGGAACCGCAAUGUAUUUAGAUGCCCAGCAUCUAAAGCUGAAUUAACCUUGGUUAUAGCUCUGAUUCUCACUGAUGGCGUUUUAUUGGCGUAGUGCAGCGUUUGCUGCGGAUACGGACAUAUCUCCCAAUACUUCCUUAUGUAGAAGCAUUGGAUCGGCUGAGAUCAUUAAGACUGAUAAUAUCCGCUAUGGAGAUGGAGACCAGCAAACCGUGGGAUACAACACGGUGGGGGGAGGUUGUGUGGACACCUACAUAGGUAGGGGAGCACUAUGGCAUUAGGAUUACAUGUUUGUACUCCUAAUAGGAUAGUGCUCCUUUAAUUAAUGCUGAAUACAUAGAGGCUGUAUUCCACUUAUCACCGCUUUAACAUCAAUGUGCACUGGGGGCACUAGUUUACUUCCGCAGGCAGAUUGAAAACCACAGUUGCUAAAGAAUUGUUUCUCUCGGUUGGUUGUAAAUUAUGAAUAUGGUCAGAUAUAUGUUCUAGUACACAGUCUGGUUGUAAAGUUUAUGUACCGGAGAACUGUACUUGAGAACCCACUACACUGGUAGUUUUUAGUGUACACUCUAAGCAUUCUCAAGACAGGCUUGAUAAUUAAUCUUCAACACUCCACAAAAAAUACACCCCUAAAUUCACACACACAAACUGAUACUCCACACAUACACCCCUAAAUUCACACACACAAACUGAUACUCCACACAUACCCCUAAAUUCACACACACAAACUGAUACUCCACACAUACACCCCUAAAUUCACACACACAAACUGAUACUCCACACAUACACCCCUAAAUUCACACACACAAACUGAUACUCCACACAUACACCCCUAAAUUCACACACACAAACUGAUACUCCACACAUACACCCCUAAAUUCACACACACACUGAUACUCCACACAAAUACACCCCUAAAUUCACACACACUCACAUACUCCACACAUACACCCCUAAAUUCACACACACACUCCUACACCACACACAUACACCCCUAAAUUCACACACACACACACACACACACACAGAUACUCCACACAUACAUCCCUAAAUUCACACACACUGAUACUCCACACAAAUACACCGCUAAAUUCACACACACACACUGAUACUCCACUCAAAUACACCCCUAAAUUCACACAAAUACACCCUUAAAUUUACACAAAUACACCCCUAAAUUCACACACAGUGCAAAAUUACACCUCUGCAUUUACGUGCGCACUGACACUCCCAGGACAAAACACCCCUGCAUGCACACACCUAAAUUUACACAAUAUUAAUCCCAAAAGAGGUAGGGAGCAUGAUGUUAAAUGACUUUGGUUUUCUAGCAAUGACAAACAUUUGUACAUAACCUAGUAAAACAUCAUAUGUAAUUAGGAACGACUGAUCGGUAAUGCUCUCUGUUUCCGGUUUCAGGACUCUCUUGCUGUCUAGAUGGGGGUUAAAGUUGUAUGUGGGUUUUUUUUUUUCUUUUUCUUCUAUAAGGUAAAUUCCUCUCUCAAAUUACGUCACACAUUAUUUACAAUGACACUCCAUGAAAGAGGCAUUUAAUGUCCCCUCAAACAGAACACUCAUCCAGAGCUGCCAUGCAGGAACAUAAUUACUAUUAUCUACAUAGCUAGGGCAGCAUAUUCCACAGCACUGUACAGUAGGUAAACAAGACAAACACUAAACUCUAACAAAGCAGGAUUUAAAUACUGGAAAUGUAAGUGAUGAUGGCCCUGCCCAAAGGAGCUUACAAUCUAAAAGAUAGGGGAUGGAUGCAGUUGUACCAGUGAGUUUUCUACCAAUGCUCAGUCUGAAACUGCGACCUCUAACCUGAAGUCAUCUGGGACAUGAUUAAAUGACUGUAUAAUAAUCUGUGUUUGCUUUUUUCCCAUGUUAUGCUCUUUCAGUCCUCAUCCUGUGAAGCCUAUAAGUGCCACACUGUCUAGUGGCGACCAAGAGAAGAAGCCUAACAAACCAGCGCUGACCGCGGCUCUGAGCAGUGGUCUGGAAGUGCUGAAAUCUGUGACUGGCGGACAGCAGCAAGCACCGAAAAACCCUGACCUGGACAGAGUUAAGGUAAUUGCUAGGCUUUGUUGCUUCCCUCCUUGGUGACACUCUGUAUUAAUCAUGUAAAGUUUAUACUUUGCCUGUCCCCGGUGCCAGCUGCAGUGACAGAUUUAAUUAUGUUUGGCCCUCAGAGAGCAGGGCACAGAUCACCUCCUGUCACCAGGGUUUGCUCACACCACGGUUGGUGUAUAACUUGAUUAAUAAGCUGUGGUUUACUCAAUGAGGCUCUGGGACCAUUGUGAGGGCUCCCAGUGGAUAGGAAGGUUAAGAUGUUUGCCCUGUAAAAACAGCUAGGCACAGUCUCUGACAGCAGAUCCAUUCCACAAGUUAUUAACUAUUUCGAUGUGGAGAGAGUUGGGCAGUAUUUUGUCAGGAAGCAGAUUACAUAUCAUUUUGUACAUGAUUUAAACAUACUAUAACAAUGCUUUAUUGUGUGUGUGUGUGUGUGUGUGUAUAUAGAUAUUCAUAGGUUUCUCAAUGAUCUGUCUGGGUAGAGUAAUUUGGAAAGAGCUGAUACCAGGGGGUUUAUUUACCUGACCUUAAACUGUGGGGAAUCGAAAACCAAAUUGCAAAAGUGAGAGCAAAAUAGUCAAGGUAGAGAAAUUUACCCAAUCUGCUAUUUUAACCUGAGUUUUUGCAAUUCCGUUUUUAAUUCACUACAGGUUGACGGUGAAUAAACCUCUAGGACAGGGGUUCUCAACUCAGUCCUCAAGGACCCCCUACCAGUCCAGGAUUUAGGGAUUACCUGGGUGUGUCUAAGGUGUUUAGAGUCCAAGAUGUUUUUUUUUUGUUUUUUGUUUUUUUUCAUUUUCUAAACACCUUAGACACAAAGUCCUGGACUGGUAGGGGGUCCUUGAGGACUGAGUUGAGAACCCCUGUCCUAGAGGUUUAUUCACCGUCAAUCUGUAGUGAAUUAAAAACGGAAUUGCAAAAACUCAGGUUAAAAAAGACCUGUGCAAGUGGGACUUUUGUUGGUAUUGGGAGAGGAUUGAACGGGGGGAUUAUUUGUAAUUGAAAGGUUUUGUAGAUACAUACUAGUUGUUUGACUGCAGUGUUAUUUUGAGAAGGUUGAUAGUUGAGGUAUUGACCUGUAAUUAUGGAAUGGGGUUUGGUUUUGGUAUCGGGUGUUGGCAUAGAGCUCUUUAUUUUCCGUAGGGCUUUCUCACGUCUAAUGUAUUUUUCAGGAUAUCUGCUCUCCAGACAUGGCGGCCAAGUAUUAUCACUUGACCCACGACGAGUUGAUCCACAUGCUGCUGCAGAAAGAGACUGAGCUUGGCAGAAAGGAGAAUCAUGUGCGUGAGCUGGAAGACUACAUUGACAAAUUGCUUGUGCGCAUCAUGGAUCAAGCACCAACACUGCUGCAGGUCCCACUGGAGACCAAAAUGCAGAAGAAAUAAAAAAAAAAACUUGCUAUUAAAGUUUAUAAAGCUAAUGGGGGUAUAACCUGUGAUGGUGUCAGAAACACCCAACAUCCUUAGGUUUCCCAACCAUUUAAAUCCCAUAAAAUGUUCUGUUUAUCUAAAUAAAUCUUCCUAAGGUAGUAGGAAUGUUCUUGGUUUAUACAUGGAAACAGUUGGUUGUAUUUGUCUUAACGUGUUCUCUCGACCCUUUAUUUGGAAUUUUCCUAAUUUUUCCAGUGAGGACCUUGAACAUAAAUGAGACUGGACCUACUGACUGUGUGAUAUCUGUUUAAAUCUUUUCUAAAGGUCUCCACAUUUUUUGUCACCUGUCAAUUGAUUUAAGGUCAAGUAGUCUUAAGUAAUUCUUGCCACAGGGAGAGAGAACUUAUUACAAUAGUAUACAAGGCUCCCUUAUCGCCUGAAGGUAACAAACUUGGCCGUACACCUGAAAACUUAAAUGCUUUAUGUUCAUUGUUCAGUUUUCCCUCAGAGGAGCCCAUGUGUUUUCACGUUAUACCAUCUGCUUUCCAGUUAGUAGUGGUGAUUGUUUAGUGCUAAUGCACCAGACUCCGUAAUCCAAAGUUUUUGAAAAAUGUAUUUGAGUGUUCCCGCUACAUGACACAACCCCUGCUGGAGGAGUGCUAUUGUCCUAAAAUGCUCAUAAAGGGCAAGUAGACCAUCUUGUAUUCCAAAGCAAUCCAUUUACCAGGAUCACUUCUAAGACAUGAGUAAACCUGUAAAUUGAUGGUCAAAAAUGAAUUUGGUUGGGGAAAAUGGGUCUGGGUGUCCUUUUACGCUUGAUAUUGACAUUUCUGUGGAUUAGAACAAAGCAGUCUUUAUGCACCCCUACCAUUCCAGCCAUUCUCUGUAUCUCCAUUGGAGUGGAACCGAGAAUCCCUGAAGUGCUAUGUGUGAAUGAGGACUGCUGUGAUAGCUGACCAAUAAUUGUUAUUGCUGUGGUUUACUUUGUGCCUCUCCCCAUGCACAUUUAGUUAACAUUGGAGAAUGCAUUCCUAGUGAGUGGUUGUUUCUAAGCCAGCUUUAGGUGAGAAACUUGGUUUCAACAGAACGUCAUUCUAUAGCGGGUCUACUAGACUAAGAGUUUGGGAAGAAACCUUUAGGUGCCGUGGAAAAUGGAUGUCUGUGUAUAUAUGCUCAGGUUUAGUCCCAAUAACCUCUGUAUCCAUGAAACAUGCUGGAUGCCAUGAGUUGACACAUGGUGGACAAAGUGCAAUAUGUCAGCCAGUUUAGAUCCUGGUUACCAUGACCCUGCAGUGGGAAAAACCUGAUGAAAUGCAUCCACGUAGGAAACUUUGUGUAAUUUUCUUUUUUUUUUUUUUUUAAUGGUUUGUCUCUCCAGACCCGCUGUGUCCUUGUUAUACACUUCUUUCCAAAACUAUCCAUAACAGAAUUGCAUUGAACUUUUAGAGUUUCCAUAUUUCCAUAGAAAUGCACAGUAUUUGCAGCAUGCUGCUAAAUGAUUUAAAGAAUGAAAUAAGCUUCAGUAUUGUAACAGACACUCAAUGUGCCUUUUCCUAUUCUUCAUAGUGCGAACAUGAAAAACAUAUAGAAACAUGCAGUGCAUAUGCUUUCACUUCUGAGAUAUUUAUGUUUAUAAUAUAAGUAAUAUUUAAAGGUAUUGAGGGUUUUGUGAGCUAGCUUUUUUUGCCUAAACAAAUGUUUCCCCAAAUUUAGUGACUGUAUUGGGCAGGAUGUUACUGCUAGUUAAGACCCUCUUGCAGUAAUGUAUAGAUCAGAACGUUUUUGUUUUACUCGUGUAUAUCCAAGACAGCUUGUGCAGGCAUGAUUUCCAGCUAUAUCCGUGCAACUUCUUUCCCAUACCUGGUUUGUCCCUACACGAUCCUUCCUUUGUCCAUCUGUGGUCAGAAGUUCUGAAGAAGCCUUCCACAGGUUUUCGUUUGUUGCCAAACCGUUAUUUUUAUAAACCGGUAAAACACAAAUUCUUUGUAUAAGAUGUUGCUUAUUUUUUUCAUUCUUAGCGAUUUCUGUCCAGCAAUAUUUCACAGUUGUCAAUUCUGCAUAUAUGUAAAUGUAUACGUUCAUGUAAGCAAUCCUUGUUCUAGUAAUGUGUUGACUAAUCACUGUGUGCAGAAGACCAUCCAUACAAACGCAACUAAACAUGGCCAUUACAAGUUCUUCUAGUUAACCCUAGAGUACUUUCUUAAUGGUGCUUCAUAAAUAAUGAUGUGGACCCUUUGGUGGUCAGAGGCUGUUGCAGGCAGAUUUUGAUAAGCUCUGAUUCUCUGUUGAGCUUCAAUGUCCAUCAUGCUUAAUCAGAGAGACGGUGAAAAUAGUAAUCCAGAGCAACCAUAGGUUCCCUGUUCAUGUUUGUUCAAUCAGAUGAAUUUGUGUGCUGUCUGCCUUACCUGAAUUGCCUUAUCUGGUCCCAGCGCGAAUUGGUCGGUUAUCUAGCAUCACCGCAAACUAGGUAAGGGAGGAUAGACAAUUUGUCAUUGCUAUGAAUGUUUUAUAAAGCUGCUAUAUGCUACACAUAGCUCAGGUUUACUGUAUAAACUGUGUAAAGCAGUCUUCCAAUCUCUUGUGUGAGCUGGGCAUUCGCUCCUUAUAAUAAACUGGUUCUCCAAGAGAAUCUGUACACAAAUGCCGGUUGUGUAUAUGUGGAAUGUAGGUUCGUUUUUAUAGGAAGUGGCAGGGGUGCCCAUUCCUGUGCUGGGUCAAAAAUGCCUUCAUCUGAGGGGAAAAAGACUAGAAUUGCAUCAUAUUUUUUUAUACUGUCUGUUUUGGGGGAAGGCAGGGGUCAGAUAUUUAUAGAAAUCUAUAAACUGUUACAAAUGGUAUGUUUUAUUGGGGAACAUUGGCUGCAGACACCUGGUUUGUCUGUAUGAUGUAUGGGUAGGUGAACCAUAAUGGUUUAAAUGUAAAAAGCCCCAGCAGGACAUUCCACCUCGAGGAUAGCUGGACCCCCACGUUAGCAGUUCUUGCUGUGGUUGGUUUUCAGGCGCUGCCUUUCCCAAUCUUGCCAGUGGUUCCGCCGAGCGUGUUGACCAAUGUAUGACUUAUUCCAGUAUUAAAAGUGAUUACCUUUGAGUUGUUUUGUAUUUCAUUAAAGGUGGAAAAUAAAACCUUCAUAGCCUUUCAAUCGACAAUCUUCUCUAAAGCUUUAAAUAGCUCUAUGAGGCAGUCCGCUGUUCAUCCACUGAUCCUUGAAGGUUAUAUUUUUUUGUCACCAACUCCCACCAGGAUUUCUUGCCAAUCGUGGAAGUUCUAGCAUAACGCAAGACAUUCUAACAAAAAUCAGCCCUUAGUAGACCUCCCUUCCUGCUUUACAAAAGACAGAUCUUUUCAAGAUUACUUGAGUGUUUUGAUCUGUAAUGCUCCAUAAAGAAUUUGUAAAGAUUAUAUCAAAUUUCUACAAAUGUUCAUUAGCGUGGUGAUGAAAAGUUAAAACGUGUAAAACUGGAAUAAUUUGAUCACCAACCUAAAAUGUAAUUCAUUAAAGCAGCAUUUAUCUCAGGCCAGUUCUAGUCUUGUGGCAGGUGGUUUUAUAGGAGGUAUUGGCUGACAAAAUCCAUGCUUGCCCACUUCAGUUUACAACUUACUGUGGGGCCCUUUUAAGGUUUUUCAGACCAGAGUAUUUCAUAAUAUAGUAUAGCCUUGUGAUUUGGACCUUUUGGGUGAUUUUGGGUAAAUAUUCCCUUACUACAUGAGCUUUUCACGCAGAUCAUCUUUUCUUUACGCAGUUAGACAUGUGCCAAUCUGCUUUUCUACUGCUGAGAACAAACGUUAAUUGUGGUGAUUUAAAAAAAGCAAACUGACUUUAUACCAAAUUAACACAAGUGAAAAAUGGAUGAAUUUGAUCAUUUUUCUAGUACAGCUUUUUUUUUUUGUCCUACAGUUUUAAAUUUGUUUAUCAUUUCAUUGUGUACGGAUUAUUUCGUUCUCAAAACCCCGAAUGUACCCACAGGGAGCUCUUAUGUUGAUGGAUAAUGUGGGAGAUGUCGGUUGAUCCUGAGCUGAUAUUGCCUAUUUGUUUUGGGUUAUGGGAUAAUUAUCCAGUUGUUUUGGGUCAACACACUCACAAUGUUCUCUAUUAAGUCUACCUGCAUCAAUUGCUCUACCAAAUAUGUAUUUUAUAUUUACUGUUGCUGAUGUUCAGAAUGUUAGUUUUAUUUUUAAGCACUUUAAAAAUAAUAAAGUCUGUUUAAACUUUG